GGGGGAGAGAGAGUGCGCGCCCGCGCGCGCGCGCCCCUGCUGCACCCAGCAGUUUCGCAGCCAGCCUGGAGAGACUGAGACAGACGGGGAGGGAGGGAGACGGCGCACCAGGAGAGAGGAGCUGCUGCCGUCGCCGCUGAUCGCAAAGCGUGCGCGCCCCCCCCCUUCCUUCCAGCGCUCGCUUUUCCUCCCCACCCCUGACAGCCCCCUGUUUCAAAGGGGGGGAAAGGGAAGGGGGAAAAGAGCAAUAAACCCGAAAGGCAAGAAGUCGGAGGGUGGGGGGCGCGGGAAACAAUGGAGGUGCCUCGCCUGGAUCACCAUAUGAGCAGCCCGAGCAGCCCCUGCGAGGAUGUCAUCAAGAACCUCAGCUUGGAGGCCAUCCAGCUCUGCGAUAGGGACGGUGAGUGGAAGGUGCCGGGGCUUGGGUGGGGAGGGGGGAGGUAGGGGGAGUUCGUCUCAGCGCAAAGCGGCCCGUGCUCUUGCUGCCACCGCCUCGCCCCACCCCCACCGGGAUUGCUAAUGCAAAAUUCACCCCCACCCCCGCGUAUGGCUCUUUGUUGCCACCCCAUCUACCCUCUCCAGUCAGCCCCCCCCCCAUCCAAUCUUGCGCGGGGUUAGGUGUAAAAUGUCCCCCUCCAUCCCUGGCAUUUGAGAACAAAAGAACAGUUUUUUGUGUUUUUUUAAAAGGAGGGGUCGCACCGUUAUAGAGGGAAACCCCUCUAUAAGGUGCGGGGCGGAGGGAUAGUUCUGCGCCUUGCAGAGCGCUUGCCUGUUUCGAGAAUUGGAAAGGAGGAGCAGCUGCAUUCAAACGUUAAUUAACAUUUUCGGCUCUGAGAAACGCGUGUAUAGGCAUGCGUUUUCACGCGCACAGCCACUCCGAGUCCGGUUGGGAUGAUCACUUCUUGCGAAGCCAUGAUCUCGAACUCCAGGCACGAACCCGAUUGUGACGUCCUGAAUUAUUAUUUAGAGUGGGGAGUGAGGGGGUCGCAUGUGCUUAGCUCUCUCUUAUUUAUUUUACUAAUGAAGAAACUUGCCACAUGUAGUAAUUCAAUGUAAAUGCCGCUUGAGGGGUGCAAAAACGCCUGGCUUUGUGGCGGUAGUACGGGGUUUGGUAAAGGAAAAGAGAAAAGGAGAUUUGUAUGUUUCAGCACCAUGGACAGUUGCAGCCUGUUCUCUGGACUGUGGCGGAAGUUCGCUUGGUGGAGUCUGAUCUAAUGCAGAAUUCGAGACUGAUGCAAGCGAUUUCGUGUGCUAAUGUUAAAUCCUUUGUUCUGCACUCUAGCAGUUACAAAUUUUGAUACAGAGGGAAUAUGGGAGUAGACAUAGCGAGAAAAUCUUAAAAGCAAGGGAAUGUGACAGUGUUGGCUUGUUAAUGCAUAUUCUGCUAAGUGGCAUGGUUAAAACUAAUAACAAAACUUAAUUUGCUAGGCAGAGUGCAAAAGGGUUGUUUGAGCUGCAGAAACCCAGGCAUUUGUAAGGCUGUGUAAUAAAGAACGGGGAACAACCAAUUUACAUACUGAUGUACCACACUGAAGACUAGCAAUUAGGAGUGUGUUUAAUAUUAAUUCUAUACAAUUAUGUCUCACUUCGUUGAAGAAGCACUGUGCUAAACAGCAGAAUAACCUGUGUUCAGAAAGUAAUACCCUAGAGUUAAUUUAAAGACACAAUUUAAUUUUGUAUUCAUUUGCCUACCUUAUAUUGUUCAACAUCUAGUAAUUCAAAACAACUUAAAAUUAUUUUAAAUAGUAUCUCCUAGCUUAAAAGUAGAAAAAAAUACGGCUUAUAUGGCAGUGAACAAUACCGCAAGGUUUUAGUACUCUGAACAUUUGGUGGUUUAAUGUUAUAUUUCUUCUGUCUACACAUAUUAUUUUGGAGUAUGCAUCUGCAAUCUACAAGCACGUUAUUAUUGAGUAGUCCCAUUUGUGACAGUUGAAGUACUGUAAAGUUGGUUCAGGACUGCAAAUCAAGUAGCACAACAAAUUUGCUAUAUACCCUAAAAGCUUUGUUAUAAUGGGCCUUUUUAGUACCAGACUUAACCAUUCUGAAGCUGAAUAUUUGUCAAGUUUUAGUUUUAACAUUGUGUUCAGGAGUGUGAGUUUAAUGAGCCUUUUCCAUUUCUACUUGAGUUCCCACAAUUGCCAUGCAGAUUUCAAGGAUUAUAUUUUUGGUUACAAGUACAAUGGCAUUAAAACCUGUGUUAAGGGAAAUGUUCCUGUGUUGGUGUGGGCAGCAACAAAGCAAUACUAGCUUUCAUUUAAUAGAUAAAGUAGCAUAAUUUCCUUAAAUUGAUUUAACUAUGUCAUUUCCACAAAAUAUUUAACAGUGGAUGCAUUCGUGCUUCCCAAUAAGCCAGGGUUGCUGGCUUACCAUAGUUUAUUGUGAACAAGCCGGACACUGGUGCAACAUUCCCACUUUGCUGUUCCUCUGAUGUGGGUGGAAAACAGACCAAGAAGCCAUAGUCAGUUUUAAUUCAGUUUCAAACCAUGGUUUGUUGUUCAAUUAUGAACCUCUGGCUUGUCAAGGAUCCUGGGUUGGGAUGUCACAGGAAGCCAAGCUUAAUUGUGGCUUCCUAGUUUGUAUCUUCUAUUUGCGUCAGAGGGAGGGGUGAAGUGAGAGAGAUUAGGCAGCAUUCAUCAGCACACUGCUUAUUCACAAUAAACCAUGACAAGCCACAAACAUGACCAGUAUAUAUAUUAGUCAUAGCUGUGUUUGGUAGCGGCAGAUAUUUUGAGAUGGGGGUAAAUGGAAGGCUCGCGUAGUUCUCAAAGUGUAGUGAAGCUUACAAAGUUAAUUGUAGCAGUCUGCUAAUUGAUUCAGAAUAGUCUUAAUUAAUUGUUGUGUACAAUGAAGCAGGGUUACACUUUUUAGUGUGAUUUCGUUUCCUCCUGAUCUUUAAGAAAAAGAAAAGCUGGCUCAAAAAAAAAAAAAAAGAUAUUAGGGAAAUGCCGGUUCUUCCCCACAAUAGAUUUCAUGCCUAGCUAAUCCUCAUACAUACUAAAUUCUGAUGGCUGGAACUCCACCAGUGCAAGGCUCAUUAAUCCCAAUGCCUUUUGAGGUAGGGCAUUAUUCCAAAUUUUACAGGCAGGCAGAAACGUGUGCAGGCUUCGUGCAUCAAAAUUUUACCACUAGUGUGCAGAACCUGAUGUGGGUAAGUGCAUUUGAAACAUACUUUGCUUCCAACAGGUGGCACUUAAGACUCAGGAAUGCCUACAUGGAAAGACAAAAUGGGAUAAAUGGACCCAACUUUCCAGGAGAGCAGCAUAUAAUUAGUUGCUUCUAAGUGCAACACCAUAAAAAACGAAGUAGCAUCUCUUCUAAAGCAUCAUGGGGUGCAAUCUAUCAAGCAGUGUUGCUGUACAAUGAGCAUUUUGAUGGCUCAUGGGCAGGGCUCCUGUGAAAACUCCACUGAAAUGAAUGGCUAUUUCACAGCAGCAAUUGUAAGGGAGACUUGAAUAUGAUCUUUGCAGUUCUCGUCUCUUUGAAAUCACUGGGUGUUCAACUCUUCCCCAGCUGACCGAUGGUUUAAACUGACUAAUGUUUUCAUUUUAUGGCUGUAGACUUUCACCCAUUUGAUGUGUGCGAACCUCACUGAAAUCGCCAAGUACACUAUUGCAGCCCAUGUUACUGUUUUGUUUUCUUGUUGAGAAAAUAGGUGUUUGGAAUUGGCUUUCUUUUAACUUGCUGAAGGUGAAUCUAAUCAGACAAGCACUUAACGAUGCCCACUGAAAAUGAUGUGCAUCAAAAUGUGAAAAGGAUAAAGGAACACACAGAAUAACGAACAUUAUAUUCAGCAGUAUUUUAACCUACCGCUAUGUAGUGGAGAUGUUAGCUCUAUAAAUAUAAAACAAAUCAGUUCUUCUACAGUCUCAUUUGAAAGUUGAUUUGAUUUGAAAAGCUGCUUGCUUGGUUACCUUCUAGACCCAAUGUAUAGCAAAUGUGAGAUGUCAGAAUCCUAAUAUUAGAAGUUCGAGAUAAAAUAGUCUACCUGCUGAUAACAAUACAUUUAUGAUGUGACAUGCAUUUAAUUUCCAUUUUUCACUUUUCCAACCACGUUGCCACCCUGAAGGCCGAACCGAGAAUCUAAAAUACUAAUAAAUUCCAGACGAAAAGAAAUUCUGUUAUUCCAGAGACACACAAACUCUUUCUGUGGAUAUAGACUAGGACUCCAUUUUCCUAUCAAAAUGUUCUUCAGGUGGUCCACAUCCAUAUUAAUCAAAUUAAAUAAAAAUGAAAUAUUUAUAAAGUGCCAAAAUCAAUAAACUGAUGCAGUGAAAAAUCAGUCCAUAGAAAUUAUAACAUUUUUCAACCUUCUUUUAAAAAAUACAAACUCCUGUUUUAAGAUAGCUGCGCUGGUCCACAGCUCAUGUUGAGGCUUAACUUAGAGUGCUCACCCCAGUGUAAAUGACAGAGGCUUCAAAUAUCUGAAAAGCUGCCUCCUUCCCUACAGAGCAGCAGAGAGGGGCCUCUUGGUAGUUCUAUCACCCUCACAAGCUUUGGGUGGGUGUGGGUGUGGCAGCCUGGGAAAGGGCAUUCUUUGAUGAUGAUGAUGAUGAUGAUGAUGAUGAUGAUAGAAACAUUUUGCAAUAGCACUUAAAGGCCUGCAGCUUUCUGCUCAAACUGACCUCCCUGUUCAAGUUGUUCCAUAAAGCUGGGGUCGCUAUUUAAGAGCAAUCCUAGAUCAUCCAAUCAAGUCUACUUCUAGAGUGUUUCAAGCAGAUCCUCUCUGCAAAUUGUAAGUUGUAAUAGGGAAUGCAAUAGCCUUUUAAAAACUAAUUCAGGGCUCCCUUGUUGCUGUGGCGACUGAAUGUGCAGAUGGAGUUCCCUAUUCACCUUGAUGAUAGAAUGAGAUGCAUAGUAUUCAGUGAUGUGAGGGGUUUUUUUUGGGGGGGAUUGAAUUGGAAACAUGUCCACUGCAUUCCUGAGGGUCUUCUAGUGAUCUAAUGUAGCAUUUUUAUUUUACUUGUGUUUAGUAAAUGGAGCUAAACACUUUGUAACUGCCAAGACUGUUUAAUACUGCACUUACAACUGGCAUCCAUUCAUUGUUAUCAACGAACUUAGGAAACAGAAAUUUUCCCAUGGAAAAAUAAAGCAAUACUGUAUAUUUUUUCUCAUCCCACAUUGUAGUUGGUAUGCUCACAAUCUUUUGUAACCAAUUUAUUGGUAACAUAGUCGCACAGGGAAGCAGUGAAAUGGGGGUGGAGCGGGGGGGUGAGAAAGAAGACAAUUCCCAGCCAUUUUUCUCUUGCUGCUGUUUAUGCAGGUUAACAAUGGAUAUUCUUUGUUGUCUUGGUGGAUCUAAUAUAAAAUGUUUUCGUUCCAUUUUACCACCCCAAAGCCCAAUUUAUAGGUAUUUAGAUGUAUGCAAACUAUAAACAUUCAUUCAUUUUCAAUAUCCUCUGGUUAUUUUGUAUCUGCUUAAACAUUUUGUUUGUUGUGUCAUGUUGAAAUGCAUAUUCCUGAAUAAGUGCCCAUGCCUAUUUGUCUGUCUUCAAUUACCCGGAUCUGACUUACAGUUAAAUAAUUGUGGAGGUGGUGGAACAAUAUAAUAUGAUCUUUAAGCAAAAUAAAAUGUGAAUUGAGAAAGUGAUAUUAAAAUAUUAAUAUUAAUAAAUAGCAUUACACACUUUGCAAAAGGGGAUCCAGACUGCAACUUGUCAUAUCGUGAAGGCACAAAAUCUGUUCAGUCUCUUAAUCACUCUUUUCCACAGGCAUAAAUAACUCUAGUGUCAUCUUUUCUUUAAAUUCAUAAUAGGCACAUCCUGAAAUGGCACAAUCACAUUUCUGGUGCAUCAUCAACAUUUUUAAUGUUCAUAGAAAAUAAAAGAACAGUGUUAAGGUUGUGAUUGCCAUAUGGAAUUACACACACACACACACACACACACACACACGUGUCUAGCUCCUGUGUAGGCACAGCUUUUAAACUUAAUCUGAAAACCAGUGCUUAAUUUGAGUCCUGCUGCAACAGAACAGCAUGGGCUUAUCUAGUCCAGCAUUUGGAUUUCCCACAGUAACCCUCCCCCAUACUUCCAAGAGAGCCCGCAAGCAGGCCCUGAAGGUAUAGCAGUUCCCCAGAUGCUGCUCCCCGCCUGGUAGUCAGGAGGUAUACUGUGUCUGAACAUGCAGGCUCCAUUUAGCUACAUGGCUAAUAGCAGUAGAUAGGCAAAAUCAAGGAGGACAAACAAGUCUGUUCCCUCUUCAAUGCCAUCUAAACUUGUGGCUGUCUGACAUCUUGGGGAAGUGAAUUCCAUUAACCAACUGGGCACUGUGUGAAGAGGGUACAAAUGGUACCUAGGUAAGUGAUGUGAAGCUCUAGAGGAAGAGGUCCACUCCAUGCUUUCAUGUAGCUUAGAAGCAACAUCUUUCCAGAACAGUAAUUCAGAAUAUUCUUCUUUGUCCCUACUUCUCACAUUCUAAAAUUGUCACGUUCCCUUUGACUUUACUAAUACCGCCCCUUCUUAAUUCUUUUGCUUAUAUCCUUCAAGUGUUUCUAAUUGUCUGUCCACCACAUGGACAGUUGUGUGUGUGUGUGUGUGUGUAAUAUGUAAUAAUGUGUAUUCUAAUUUUUCUUGAGCAUCAGUUAUGUCUUCUGCCCCAGGCAAUUUCUAUCGCUCUUCCUUGAGCAGUAUUGUAUCCCUUCCUUUAAAACAAAAACCAUUUGUUGUUUGCUUUCUAAUGGCAUGGAUGGUAUUAUAUGCCUUUGUGCUGUUUAUCCAGUUUGCCUUAACAUACAUUGUAUUAUUGCAUUUCAUGCUGACAGCUGCUUCUGAGGCCACGAUUAGCUGGGAAGCAGAGUAAUCAUUAGGAUGUCCUAUCUCAGCUCCAAUGUUGCAUCAAAUUGUGUCCAGAAGUAUUCUUCAUUAGGCACUUGAAUACAGUCUGCUGAGGACUGUCUCUGCUUAGCACCCAGUCUCCCAGUGGAGCUUUCUUUAUAAAUGGAGUACUCAAACUAUGAAAGAAGAAUUCACUACAGUUUCACAAGGAAAGCAUGGGGGGUGAAAGUCAUGCUAGUUCCUAACAGGCAGUUUUUUCUGUGUCUUCCCUUUCCAUUGUGUGUUUCUGUUAGACCAUUUCUGAAUGGUUCAGCAUUCAUUCAUCUACCUCUUUGUAUGAAAUUCUCAGUCAUCUGCUCAUUGCGACUACCAGUUCUCAUUUAACAUCAUUGGUGAAUUCACCAGUAUGUGUUCUCACUCUUCUGGAUCAUUAAUCAAGCCUUUAAUUGCAUUUGUAUCUAUCCCCUGCAUCUGGGGUACCUCACUGAACACCUGUCCCUGCUUGAAUCCCUUAAAUUUGCCAUGGUCUUUUGUUCACUCCCAUGUGCCAGUGUUCCCACAACAAGCAAGACGUUGUGGCAGGAAGGAGGGCGACCAAUCGUUUGACUGAGAGGACCUUUUACAAAAAAAUAUAUAUGGAAAAAAAGAACCACAAAUCCCUCAAUCUAUGUCAGACUUCAACUGGUUAUUAUGAUGAAUUUAUUCAUAAGGUGGGUUAUUUUGUUGUUGUUUCUGUGAGAGACCGGUAUUACUUGAGGCUGCCUUUUUCAGCUUUAUAACCUUCAGACCUAUGCCUAACGUAGGUCUGUCCAUCCAUGUAGGGUCCAGUGUUAGAAACUCAGGUAUAUAUGUUAGGCACCAAAUGGCUCCUUACACCAGGGUUAUUCUCACCAAAACGGAAUGCUUAGCUGCUCAAAAGACAUAUUUUUAUGUACAACGUUUUGGUUCCUGAAAUUUAUUCCGAUUGUGCAUUUGAAAUCUAACAGAAUUGUACAGGAUGUGUGGCUAGUGUAUGAAAACGGUCAAGAUCCAACUAUCCCCAGGUAUGCACCUCCAGAUGGUAGAGAUGUCAGGCACCAUCCUGGCACCCAGGCAUCUUCACUUGGUCACAAGUGGCCAUUGGCGAGGUGCAAAAGGCACCUGAUGCCUGGCCAGUUUGGAACACGGGUAUGGUCCAUCUUCCAGAUGGUUUCCAGUAGCAAAAUUAGGGGUUGUCAAGUGCUGUACAACCCUUACAACAUGCAUUGAGUGGACUGUUCUCAUUAGGAUGCUGCAUUGGUCCAGAUGCUUUGAUUUGUCUCUGUUUAUUUUUAUUACUUUGCUCCACACACUGGGAUUGGAAAUAUUCAAUGAAAAGCAGGCUAUUAUUACUGUUCAUCCUCAUCAUCUAACUCAGCUCUGUCUGUGAUGACUAGCAGCCCUUCUCCAGGGUUUCAAGCAGGAGUUUCUUCCAGCCCUACCUGGAGAUGUCGGAAAUUGAAUCUGGGACCUUUCACUCACAAAAGAAGGCACUUUUACCACUGAGUUGCAACCCUUCUCCGCAAUUGCACACAUUUCAACAAGUCUUUUGCUUAUCACUCACCUCAUCUUAACUGGAAAUAAAUCACAUUUAUGGAGUAGCCUGUGAAUUUAACCAAGUCUUGUCACAUGUUUGUCCCAUAGUUAAAAAUGAGAGCUUGGGGACAACCAGUGAAUCCAGUUGGCAUAGGCUCAGGGUGGUCCAAAGGGACAUGCUUAGCUUGUGGAACUCUUAGCUGCAGAACGGAAUCUAUGGAGUUUUGUUACUUUAGGCAUGAUGGCACUUUCUGUAGCUAUUUGCUACUUGCAAAACAAGGCAGUACCUAGGAAAGGUCUUGGUGUGCAACAGAUGCCUGUUUUUAACUCUUUCCUGUUGUAGCCUGCCUCUCUGACCUUGACAGUUUGCCGCCACUCACCCUUUCUGGUUUCUGGUUCUCCUCAUUAAUAGUCUUGGCUUGCUAUGUCCUCUCUAUUCCUUUGAACAAUCUCGCAGCUGUUGGGUUUUUCCUACCUCAUUAAUUCGCCUUCGCUUUUCAUAUCCAGAGUAAUUUUUCUUCUCCUUCGCUUGUUCCUCUCAAUUUCUCUGCCCCCUUUGCCAUUAAUGUCCAUCUGCAGGUUCCUUGAAAAUAGGCUUCAGCGAGGGCAUCGUGUGUCCAUUUCUCUGUCCCUGUCCCUGUCUUUCUUUUCUUUUCUUUUCUUUUUUGCUAGAUGCACUAGGCUACCUAUUUAAGAAGAAGUAGCAAUGCAGGGGGAGGAAGUCAAGCCAAAAUCUGCAUACGUGUCAGCAGGGGGGGGGGGGGACUUGUGCGUGCAGUUGUGGCUUUGUUACCUGUUUUUGCUACUGCAGAGAAAAACCACUCGGAAAGCAAAGUUCCAGUUUUGCAUGCACUUAUCUUCUGCACAUCCAUUUCCCUACAUUGGAUCUGGUCAUGGAUAACCACAACAGAACUAUGCAGCUAAAUGGGAAGGGACUGUCUCUGAAAGAGAACCCAAAUGAAUGGGAAUUGAUUGCAUGUUGACUAGGGCCAGGGAGUCCUUGGUUAACAUCCCCAGACAGUCAGGACCUUCACCGGGUAGCACUGGGCUUGUCACUGUCUCUCUGCUUAACUUGCCUCAUGGGGUUGCUACCAUAAAGCAGAGCAACCCCACAUGCAUUGCUCUGGAUUCCUUGGAAGAAGGAUGAGGUAAGCUAUAGAUACAGUAAAUAAUCAGCAACUUUAACUGAAGUUUGCCCCAGCAGAUUAAGGUAGAACUAGGUAACGAAAAGUUUGUAUGAGCUAUAUUUGGAAUGCCAAUUCCAUUUUAAGCAUUUUUGAUAAGGCGUAUGGGAUGUGCUCUGUCAGGAGCUUUGUGGUGAUCCAUGAAUGCUGCCUGUGUGAAAACAGCCAAGAUCCAAGUAUCCUCAGGCAUGCACCUCCAGAUGGUUAAAAUGUUAGGCACCAUCCUGCUGCCCAGGCACCUGCACUUGGUCACAAGUGGCUGAUAGUUAGGUGCAAAAUGCGCCUGGCGCCUGGCUAAUUUCGAACAUAUCUAGUACAUUACUAACAUCAGAGCUAAUGAUUUAUGUUCACAUUGGGGAUAAAAUGAGUUUGGACUGAUACUGAGCAGUAUUGAGUUCUCUGAGAUUUUCUAGUGUACUAAUAGCAGAGGUAAGAUCUGAUUUGGGGACUUAAUAGUCUGUACCCCUCGUUACUAUGGUACACCAACUACCUAUAUGUAUAUAACCACCUAUGAAACUGUAUGGUGCACAAAGCUGGAUUUUAUUCAUCUGGACCACAUCCCAUCAUGACCACCAUCACGAAUUCUGACUGUGUGGUGAUUUCUAUCUUUCAUUUUAUGUUUCAGUGAUGGAACCAAAUAUAAUGCCCUGUUAGUAGUGUCAAAAGUUUCCAGUUGUAACAGAGAGAAAAGAGAGCCUUAACCAAAGUUUCCCUGUAAAAGCUUUGAUGCUAUGUGUGCGUUGUCACAUCCCUUGUCUGACCUUAAAAAUAUUUCUUUCAGCUGGUUAUAACACAUGGUGGUGUUGCUAAUGGAAUCAAUUUCCAUUGUGGGGUUGUAGCUGAGUCAUUAAUCAAUUUUAGUUUUAUUGUUAUCACAAAGUGUUCUUGCUUCUGUCCACGCUUGAAUGCAGGUACUGUUUUGCGCAGGUGGUUUAGAAAACAAUAAUCAGACUUUAAAAAAAAUAUGCUGAAGACAUUGGCGAACCUUGACAAUUGUCCCUCAAAUUGGGAGUGGGUGAGUUAUGUCUUGCUAGAGUAUUCCCAGGUAAUAUAUAUUGAAACUCCAUGUUUCUGUCCUCUUGUUUUUUUCAGAUGAAGAACAUUGUCUAAUCUCAAUGCUCUCUUUUAACUUUGCUAUUAUUUGAUAAUUGGACUAUGCCUUUCCUAAGAAAAGUAAAUUUCCAUACUAAUUAGGGUUGAAUCUUAAAAGCUGCUCACCUGUCAGGAUUGGAUGUCAUAGCUACACCAGGCCCCAGCAGACAGGACAUGGAAACCAGGGUAUGGCAGAGAAGAGGUAAGCUAGGCCAGGUGGAAUUUGGAAUAAGAACUGGGUUUCAGAAAAGAGGUGGCUGAAGAAAAGCAAAGGAAAGCAGACCAAGGUAUAAACGAGGCAUAAGGGAACCCUUUUCACCCUCAGGGCCACAUUCCAUUUUAGGCAGCCUUUUGGGGGCCACAUUCCAGUGCUGUGUGGGGCUAGAGGCAAAAGUGGGCAGAGAAACUAAGUUUUGUGUUUGUCCAGUAAGCUAGUUUCUUCACACUUGGACACCCUCCUCUUUGCUCCCUCCUGGCAAGCAACAAGCAUUAUCCGAGUCGAAUAAUGCAUUGCAGCCAGGCAAAAGCACUCAAGGAGGAUGCAAAGCAGGGCUGGAGAGCGGAUGGGGCAUAGGUGUAGUGCCAAGGGGCAGAUAGGGACGACAACAUUUGCCCCAUCCCUGUUAUAAACAGAUUCAAGGCAUGAUGAAGAAGCUCCACCUGGAACAGCAGUCAGCCCUCUUCGCAAUCUCUUCCUUGCACCCUGUUGAAGAUAUUGGGACUGUUCAUAGACUCCACUUUUCUUUUUUCUUUUGUGAUUUAAGUUGAAUCACACUGAAAGACACAGUACCACAUGUAUUUUGGCCCUGAUUUCUUAUAGACUUGAUACGCCUCCAAAAAUUGUACAGGUAUUCAGCUCUUUGGCCUUGUAUUGAUAAGGUAGGCUGGCAGUGCUGUGGGGCCUCUGCCUCCUGACCCAGCUAAAAUCAACAAUGGGAGAAGUAUUUGGAAGGGGAGCAUGGAUACCAUGCUUCUUUAUGUAGACCUGCCUCAUACGUUCAAAAUCACGGUCUUGAGUGAAAGAGGUUGGCCAAAUCGUUUUUGCACGGUGUGGUUGACCCGGGAGAAUUCCAUCAAAUGAACCCAGCAACAAGGAUUUCUAAUACAAAAGUGCCGAAAGGAGGAGGGGACCAGAUCUUUGUUGGAAGCCGCCCAGAGACCAAGCCAGAUGGGCGGGGUACAAAUAAUAAAUUAUUAUUAUUGUUAUUAUUAUUAUUUGUGAGCAAACACUGCAGCAGCUGGAAUCAGCUGCCCCAUAGCCAGACCUGGCUAUAAUAGUGUAUAUUGUUGCAAGGAGAUGGAUGCAAAGUUAUAGCUUGUAGAUACAGUGAAGGGACUCUGUGCACAAUGGCCUCUUUCUUCACUGGACUUCUUUAGUAUCCCUCCCUGAUGAUGGCUUGCCCUUCUUUUGCCUCGCUCGUCUGUCACGGGAACCAUCUCUUCCCUUGUGAGUCUGCAGUGCCUCCCUGGCAUUCUUCAAGCUCUGCCCGGUCAUACUAGGAAGGUUAUUCACUUCUCUUCUGCUGAAUGUGUUCUGUUCUGUACUUGCAGUAAAACGAGGUGGUAAAAUCUUCAGGAGAGAGAUUGGAAUGUACCACUUCAGAUUGUAAGUGGGGCUCUGCCACUUUGCUGAUGCUCUUUGAAUGUCUUCAAGGUUUCAGUAUUUCACGAAAGAGAUUCAAGUACAUACCAGAACUUUUGGUUUCCACAAUUGCAGUGGGAAAAUGUGCUAUUAAAUCCACUUCUUAAAAUAUUAGAUUUUUUGGUGGUUUGGAAAGUAACAGGGAAAUGCAUCAAAUACAUGGGGUAAAUGAUUAAUGGGAAGAUGUGCAAAAACUCUGCAAGCAAAUCAGGGCAAAUGCAGGACGGAUGCUCAUUGCCGUAUAACCUUCCCACACACAAAAAAAAAAUCAGAACAAAUGUUCAAUAAAGACCAGAUACAAUCUAACCUCUGCCUAAGGUUUGGACAAGCCAAUCAGGAUGAAGGGGCAAUAAAUAAGUUGUCCAGAGGAGCAAUCGUAUUAUGCUGGGGUGGGUGGGAUCCUGCUCAGCCAGUUCUUUGUUCAUCUAGGUCUGUACAUGCAGCAAAGUGUGUGAGAGUUUUAAGCUUUUGUUUAUGCUUCUUUUGUAUUCCCUCAGUGUAUACAUAGGACUCAAAGCAUCCUCUGCUUGUGUUCUUAAAUCAUCAGGACAUUAUUGGACCCUGGAUGCAGUCCUGACUCAGUCUGGCUGUUCUUACGUUGAAUGGAAUUUAUUUCUAUAUUUGCAAUACAGAAUUCACUAUGAAAUAAGUGUAGAUUUCUGAUGCCUAAAUUGGCCUCCACUUUUUAAAAAUGUGCAUUGGCAUUUUGACACAUCCCAUUUAUACAGGAGUAACUGGAGACCCCCCCAAAAAUCGAUCUAGUCACUGCGACUUAUGCUGCAGAGAGAUAAUACAGUCCUGCUAGGCUGAGCAUUCAUUUGAUAUUGCAUCAACGCAUUCAGCCUUAAAUGAGAAUACAGAACCCAAAAUAACAUUGUGCUAAGCUUUUUAUAGAUGCCAUUGUCUUUCUCUGUAGCUGUCCUUUUAAUGCUAAGUAUGGACUGUGUGGUUUUGCAUAUGUUGCGUGGAUUAUGUGUUAGAUGCAUUGAUCUUUUGCUGCAGCAGCUAUAUUCAGGCGAGACCCAUUCACAAACACCCUCCCUUUUUAAAACAGCCUUAUAAACAAAUCGGCAAAAAACGAUAGCCCAGAAAAAUCCUUCCUUGCCCACACAUAUAUCUGUCCAUAAUUUACAGUAUAUCAAUACUUGGAAAGGGGCGAGGGGGAAAGACCAAUUAUUUUCAAGAUUACAAAUGUUUAUCUUGUCUGUAGACAUACUUGUUCCAGGGGAGUGCUUGUUCUAUGGUUCAGCCUUUAAAGGCUACUGUACUGUAGAAUCCACAUUAGUUAGAAUGCAGAAAAAAUGUUGGUAAACUUGAUUCUGAUUGAAAUCAACAGGGGAGAAAUAGUCAUGUUUUCAAUUACACUCAUUUCAAUGGGAUUUAAGUUUAACUAAGACAAGUUUACUUAUUGUUUUGGAGGUGUUUCUUAGGUAGGUUGGAAUGGGUGAAUAGUUGUUGCUCUUCCAGUUAUGGACUGAAAAAUUCACUCUUCAGUUUCUGUAUCUGCUGAGCAUCCACCUUAAUUUUUGCACAUUUUACACAAUGCAAUAGUGCUGCGAAGGAGUUGGUAGUCGUUUGCAGCUGCUUACUAGGAUCACGCCCAUUGAUCUAGCAGCCCAUUUGCAUAUUCAGAUACUCAAUCGUAUAUUGUUAAUAAGUAUUUCUGUAGAGAAAAAUGUCUGCAUCUAUGUAGAAAACUGGCAUUCUGCCAUCAUCUUAGGAAGCUUUGCAUCCAAUGUGAGGAUCACUUGUUCAUCCUGUGAAUCUCUUGUCUAUAGACUCUGGUUCUUGUUGCUCCUGUCUAAUUUAGGGAUUAUGCCCAAGGAUUCUUGGUUUCAUUGCAAUAUCUAGCUGCUGCAUUGAGUCUUUGGAACCGGUUGCUGCUAGGUCAUCGGGGAGGGGGCACUACUCAUGAAUAGGUGGUUUUGCAGCAGCAUGGCAGACUCUCUGCUUCAACUUGCCUGAUGGAGGCAGCCUCCAUUUGGUGAAUAUUUGUGUGUAGCUGCCUGUAUUAUGCCAAGGUCAAGAGGCAGAGUAAAAUCAAUGUACCUCCCCUCUUUUACAUGCUCAGGAGUGUCCCCCUUUUCUGCCCUAUGCCCAGAAUUUCCGGCUUUAGUCCUUUGAGUUCCAGAAUUCCUUCUUGAUACAAUUAUCACAAGGAGGCUUGUGUGGUGUAUAUAUAGGACAUUUUUGUGUGUGCUUUUUAAAAAAAAACUUGGUAUAAUGUCACCUAGUAGUCAUCUUUUAAAUAUCAGCUUCACUUCACUUGAUCUUCUCCAGUCUUCAUUUUUCCUAAAUUGAAGUCAUUUUUCAUCAUAUAAAUGUCAGCAGAUAGCUCUUGCACAUCUUCCUCCCACUGUUCUCCCAAGAUAUAUAUAGAGCAAAGGAGUGUGUCAAACCAGCUUGCCACGUCGUAGCGGUUGGUAAUAGGUUUGGUAGCCAGCCAUAUUCCAGAUAGUACAUAACCUCGCAGAACCAGAUCUUUUUUUCCUUUUUUUCUGAGUUACAUUUUAGGAAAACAUUCUAGAAAAUGAGGGAAAGUGCCAAUUAUCUUCACUCCCUUUGACCUAUGUCAGGUGCAUAAAUUUAUUCACUGUGUUGUCUGUAUUUGCAGAUCUGGAAUUAAAGACGGGUUUGCAUAGAUUCAAGAGCCCCAAAAGUUUCACUGCUCCAAGUGUGUACUUCCCCAAGUGACUGAUGGUGUGGCUUGUUUGUGUGUGCUUACAGGGGGUAACUAUUAACUACUCUUGCCCCAUAACUGCUCAUGAUGUAAAACUCCAGAGUGGCAAUUGUGUCUCUUGCCCCUGCAACUAUUUAGUUCCAUUAUUUUCUCCUCAUCUCCCAAAUGGUAUCGAAGCAGAAAUUGAGUCUGCCUUGCUAGAGCUCAGAGACAAAGAAUCUGGCCUUGCAAAUGAGAUUGGACUAUGCUUAACUUCUUUAGGCUGCCGACCUGGGAGUAAGUCUCUUUGAACUCACCGGGACCUGAGUAGAUAUGCCUAGGAUUGUGCUGCAAAUCUGGCAGAAGAUUCUGAUCAGAUCUAUCCUGAUCUAUCCUGAUCAGGCUUGUCUUAUCUCCUUCUUGUUUCCUUUCCUUCUGUCAUCGAUUCAUGAAUCCUUCUCAUUUCUCAUCCUCCUUUUCACUACCAAAACGUAAAAAACUUGUCCACAAAUUCUUGCAUGUUUCUGCAAAAAAAGGAUAACAUUUCCUGCCUAGGAGUACUGUAGUCUGCUCCCCACCCGCACCCCGUCACUCCCUAUCCUCAUCCUGACCGCAAAGGAAAAGUGGAGUGUUACCACUUACAGUUUGAACCUCCAGAUCUUUUAAUGAGCUCCUUGCAGCUUCAAAGUCAAGAGGAGCUUCUUACAGACCUGUACAGAAGAACUGUUCAGAAUUAUGUCCUGCUUGCUUCUGCAAUCCUAUGUGAAACUCAACUUAGGCUGUGAUCAUAAAUCCGCUCUCAGAGAUGCUACAUCUGUCUAUACUAUAGUUGCACUAGUCUGUCAUCAUGCUGUUUUUGUUGGUUGUUUCCCAAGAGUAUAAAGGCAGGGGUGGGAAAAGGAAAAGGGGUCAGGAAGGAAAAGGAGGGGACUCAUGUCUAUAGUAAAUGACUUGGGAAGUUUAAGGGAAGGCCUUGGUAUGGGGCAAGAAGCAACUGUGUUUGCGGCAGUUUUAGUUCUCUGCUUCCAGUGGGGAAGAGAAAGGAGGAACUAGGGAAGGGGCAUGUGGAAUUGGGUGGGAAUAAAUUUGACAUUUGGAGGAAUGAGGGGAAUAGGGGAGAUGGGAAUGAAAUGUUUGUGAGGGAGAGAAUUUUGGGGCUCUGGCAAAGAGGGAAUUAAGUUGGAGAGGAGGAAGAAUUGAGGAAGGAGCAAAUGAAAAUUGAUGCUGUUGCAGGAGGCAUUUGCUGUGCUACAGAGGACUAGGGAGUGGGGCAUUGGAAGAAAUGAAGGGGAAUAUAUCAGUGUCCCACUUGGAAGUUUAAUGGAGUAGAAAGAGGGGUUGAUUUGUGGAGAGUGGGAGGGGUAGCAAGCAGGAAACAGAGACAGCCUAGUACAGUGGUACCUCAGGUUACAAACACUUCGGGUUACAAACUCAGCUAACCUGGAAGUAGUAUCUCGGGUUGAGAACUUUGCCCCAGGAUGAGAACAGAAAUCACGCGGUGGCGAGAGGCCCCACUAGCGAAAGUGUGCCUCAGGUUAAGAAUGGUUUCAGGUUAAGAAUGGCCCUCCAGAACGAAUUAAGUUCGUAACCCGAGGUACCACCUUAUUUAUAUAUUUAUAUUUAGUAAAAUGGCUUAACUCUUCAAUGUAUUUAUUUAAACCAGGGGUUGCUAACCUGUGACCCUCCAGAUGUUGUUAGACUCACAACUCCCAUCAGCCCCAGAGAGCAUGGUCAAUGGUCAGGAGUUGUGGUCAAGCGAUAUCUGGAGGUCCACAGCUUCCCCACCCUGACUUAAACAAUUUCCAAGCUGCUUCUCAGGAUCAUCCGUCCUCCCAGAGCUGCUAAAAAAGCAAGCAAUUCAGUAAAACAACAUUGUUAAUGAGACAGUUAAAAUCUGUGCAACAUUUAACCAAUUAAAUACAAGAAAAAAGCAGCAAACAGUAAACCGUAUAAGCAUCACAGGCAACCUCCUCAGCCUCUGCACAGGGCAUUAACUUACAGUGGUACCUCGGGUUACAUACGCUUCAGGUUACACACUCCGUUAACCCAGAAAUAGUGCUUCAGGUUAAGAACUUUGCUUCAGGAUAAGAACAGAAAUCGGGCUCCCGUGUCGCGGUGGCAGCAGGAGGACCCAUUAGCUAAAGUGGUGCUUCAGGUUAAGAACAGUUUCAGGUUAAGAACGGACCUCCGGAACGAAUUAAGUACUUAACCCGAGGUACCACUGUACUGUAAUUGAAAUCAGAUUAGAUGAGAAAAAUAUUUAGGACUCAUAUAAAACAAAAGAAGAAUGGAAUUAGAAGAAUCAUGAGAACUGUAGUCCUCUGAGUGGGCCAGGGCUCCUGGUUGAAAAUUAUGGGCACAAAAAUACGGUUUCCACGGUUUCUUCAAGGAAGCCAUGACAGUUAAACUAGUUCAAAUCCAGUUUGCUCUGGCUGUGUACAUGUGCCCUAGUUUGGAAGCAAGUUUCUUUCGAAGUCAACAAGACUUGCUUCCAAAUAAAUCGGAGUGAGUUUCCUGCAAGGUUGUCCUUGAUAUUCUUCAGUCAAGUUUCCUCUUCAGUAUAUUUCUUUAUAUGCCACAAGAAAAAGAGAAUAUGUGAAAGCCAGGAUUCUUAAAGGCAGUUCAGGCAAGUUUAUGUUUUUGUGAAGCAGAGGAAAUAUUAUUUCAAAGUGAAGAACUCAGACCUCUAAAUCUUGAGGGACACAAGUCUCCGUGGCAAACUGAGCAGCAAUGUGUUAUUUAUGGAGCAGACUUGCUGCUUUUGAAAAAGUUGAGAAACAUAAUUUAUGCGGUAAGAGUUUGCCAGGCAUGAAGAACUUGGAACCAUCUGACAACAAAUAUGCUGUGUGCAUCUUGGAGAAUAUCUGCAGUGCAGAUUUUGAGGUAGUCUUCAUCUUGUACUGCUUACAAAGCAUUUGCCUUUCACCUCACCCAUUUCUUCCUCUGCUUUUGUGGCCAGUAUACUUUUUUCUUCCUUCCUUUGGGUCCACAUGUCCCAGGAUGCUUAGUCUCUUGGGUAUUUAAAACCUUGAUGAUUGUAAGAAUUUUUUUAAUCUUGAUCUGUUAUAUGAUACUCAUUGAAAUGUAAAAUACCUAUGAAUGAAUAGAUCUACCAUGCAUCCAGAGUCGGUCUAACACUUUGCAGGUAGGUGUAGCAGUAAUAAAGAGGUGGGUUGCCCUGCUGCCAAAGGACAGGUACUAUAAUUAAAGAGCAUUUGCUGGUGGUACAAGGAAGAGGCUCAGGACUCUCUGUGUUGGCACCAAUGAUUGCAGGUUGCAAGUACAAAUCCUUUAUGUCCUUUUGCCACUCUCAUUUUUGUCAAUUUCCAAAGUUUGAUACUUGGCACUUAUGGAGCAAGAGCCAGAUCUUUAGAGCCAGGUAAGUUGAUGCAGGAGCUUGAAAGGGAUGCUGAAAUGCAGGUGGACUUCACAUUUGGAUUUUUACCAGCUGAACUGACAUGGCUUCCUGUGAAGUAAUCCUAAUUGGUGAAAUUUCUAGGAAUUUCGUUAGAAAUUCCCCAGGCCCCUCUCGCAGCAGAACUCCAGCUCCCAGGAUUCUCUGUGGAGAGGGACUGACUAAGCCAGUCUAAGUAUCUGGUUUGCUUCUAUCUCUCUAUAAAGCAGUGCUUUAUAGAGCACUGAUUUAUACUGCUUUAAACACUUUAUGUGCUUUAAACACUGACCUGCGAGCGCUCCAGUUGGAGAACAGCCUUUACCAAAGGCGUCAAGGGCUUUGAAGACACUUGAACUCAAGAAGCAAGGGAGAAACGUGCUAAGAGGAAGGCACGCUUGGCAAAUCCACACCGUGAUCAAUUCCUGCCUGGAAACCAAUGUCCCCACUGUGGAAGGACGUGUGGAUCCAGAAUUGGCCUUCACAGUCACCUACGGAAUCAUUGUUAAAACGGUGUUUAUGGAAGACAGUCUUACUUGGCUACGAGUGAUCGCCGAAGAAGAAGAAAGCUUGUCAAACUCUUUCCCAGGAACCCAGUAAUCCCUCAUGAGUUUAUCAGCAGGCCGUUCAAGCGAGCCAAUCAGCAAUGGUGAACAAGCUUACCAGAUACUACUGAUCUUUCCUGUAAAGCAGACAUGGAGGAGAGAGAGAGAGAGUGCGCGCACACUCUGGUGUGUAGACUCAGUGUCAAGCAAGCAAGGUGUGACAUUAUUUGCAUAUUUAACCCUGGUAUGCUUGCUUGCUUGCUUGCUUCCCAUCAUGAAUAAGAGGAUUAGAGAGGACAGGGUUCUGAUCACAACCAUGGCAGCAGGUCCCCAUUAUCCCACAUCACCAUCCUAGUCUCGGUUCUCUCUGCGCCCCACUGGCUAUUUACUUAUUUAUUUUAAAAGCAAGCAUUGCCAGGGCUAAAGUAAUAAAUAGAAUCCCAUCUAUUUUGGCCCUCAGUUCACACGGGCAAGGCUCAGUAGGCCUGGCCAGUGCCCUGACUGUACCAUGUUGUUGUUGUUGUUGUUGUUUAGUCGUUUAGUCGUGUCCGACUCUUCGUGACCCCAUGGACCAGAGCACGCCAGGCACUCUUGUCUUCCACUGCCUCCCGCAGUUUGGUCAGACUCAUCUUUGUAGCUUCGAGAACACUGUCCAACCAUCAACUGUACCAUAGAACCCAGAAUAACAGCAGUAUAUAGGCAAGACUUUGCCAAACUUGUGCCUUUCCUAUGUUUAGGAUGCUGACUGGGGCUGAUGGAAGAUGUACUUUAAAACAUCAGGAAGGAACCAACUUGGUAAAGGCUGGUAAAGGCAUUCCUUGGCAGAUUCACAUGGGUUCCCUAACAAGCAAAUAGAUGUGGGAAUAAGGGUUCUUGUAGGUAGGAAAUUUGAAAAUCGCUCUUCUGUUUGAGUCCCAGAUUAAAUCACUUCUGGUUUACAGUUUUUUACUUUUCCGGAUAAUAGCUACAACUUAUUAUCAUUCUUCUUGAAUGGGAUAUCUUUCUCCCAGUCAGUGUGGCCUGCAGCCCGGCUGUUCUAUUCCCUCAACCCCCACAGAGUGCUUCUUUGAAAGUGCUAUGAAUUUUCAUGGCUGGAGAAGCUAAUGGGAAGCCAGAGACAAUCGGUAUUGGCAUUUAAAAAACUCUGCAGGUCCAUUAGUCACUCAUGCCCUUUCAAGCAGAAAUCCAUCUAGAGAAUGACCUUGUCCAACCGUGAGAUUCCACUAUUAUGCAAGAAGAAUGAUCUAUUCUAGCUUGGGGGGUGGGGGUGGGGUAGAUGUUUUGGCAGUGGUUGCAUUUCCAGGCCAUCGUAUCUGUUGAAAGUUCACCUCAUGUGGAGGUGGUGCUCAAGGUGGCACUUAAGCAACACUUAAUAAGUCCAAAGCCAAUCACUGGCCCCUAAAGAGAGCUAAAAGAUUUGGGUAGAAACCCCAAGUGAGGUUAUCUUUCUCUGGGCUGGGCUAUUCAAGACGGGGGGAGGGCCUGAAUGUUUCCAUACAUAAAACAAGCAAAAAGAUGCUUCCUCCCCCCUCCCCCCUGCAAAUAGCAUAUUGAGGAAAAGGUUAGCCUAGAACCUUCUCCCUAGUAUGGUAGUUUUAUGGGGCAGGGAACUUUCUGGAUAUUUGGUUCCCAACUGUAGCUUGAAAUACCACCCACUAACCAUUUGCCACUUGGGGUACUGGGAUUCCUUUUUUUGUUCUAAGGGUGAGAUUUAUCCUUCCCAUCUUUUCUAAGUUCUCUAGCCACAGUAAAACCAUGGAAGUGUAUUCCCAUUCAACGUGGAGAACUGAUAACUGCUUCCCGUUAAAAUGAUCUAGAAAAGAAUCUUGCUGUUGAUAUGCAAUAUACAUCAGCAUACUUACAUUUCAUUUGUUUGAGCAAAUCCUAGAUUGAUCAGUGAAUGCCUAUAGCUGCAACGGUAUUGUUUCUGAAAAAUUUAAUAUGCUUUGGGGUGCAAUCCGUAGGACUUUAAAUAUUAACACUGUUAGAGCUCUUAUAUCCAUCUUGAGCGAUAUUACAUCAGGGGGUUUUCCUGCCUUGCUUGCUCCCAAACUGCAAUGUCCUCUUAUAGGUAUUUUCUUGCAGGUAUUUGUGCCUUGAGAAAUAAGGGCGUGCUUGGAAAACCCAUUUUGGCAGUCACAAUUCUGCACAGGCACUCUGUGAAAACAGAGUGGCAUCGGUAGCAGAUGUCCUGCUGUUUUUCAAGGAGCUGAAAUUCAAUGGCCAUGUUGACUGGAAAAAUAAUUUCCACCCCUUAGGCAGAGUAGCUGAUUUAAUAGCACCCCUUUCUGAUAUAGGCUGACGUAUGGUCACAUGCAUAUCCACAUAUGUACAGGAAUGUGAAGGUCACACUCAUGAUUCAGAAUGUCACAUUGCUUGUUGGCGCUCUCCACAGGACAUGCCCUCAUCAUGAGACUUUCAAAAUUGGGUUGGUGGAGCAGAAGUCCUAUGACAUUGUCCUCCAUCUUUGUUCAGAAUCAUAGGACUUUGCAUCUCUUAAUAUGUCUACACAUUACAGCUUUAAACCAGUUUGAAACUCAUCCUAUGCCAGCCAAUGAUUUGUAGUUUGACAGGCAGAACUCAACACCAUUACAGAAUGGUAGUUCUGCAAAUUCUUUUGAGGAAGUCCUGGCAUUUAAACUAGUUUUAAAAUGGUUUAUAUCUAUAGUGUGGUUGUUCCCUUGUGUGCAUUUCACUCCAGUGCUCAAUGCUCCCUGUUUGUGUGGAGUAAGCUAAACCUGAUGUACUAAUUUACUAUAUGUAGGGAGGUGUGUGUUUAUAAGAUUCCCCACUUGCAGUUUAAAGUGAUGCAGUGCCCAAUUCUAACAUUUCAGUCUGUGAUUCUGCAUAGUGUGUAAAUAAGUUUUUUCUUCUUGAGACUUGAACAUGACACUUCUGCUAAUGCAACCUAAAAUGGCUGUCUCUUGUGGCUGAUUCACAUUGAAUAUAUUGUAUACCGUAUAAGGCUCCCCAAGUCACUUUUGGAGGUGAUGCUAUCUUGCUAUAUUUCCCACCCUAAAAAACAAAACAAGGCUGAAGAAAAUUAAGAAAGCACAAAUGACCUUUCAGGCAUGUGUUGCUCUUUUAGUUCAAUUUUAUUUUCUUCCCGGUAUUAUUACCUCUGACAAAGCUUUGAAUAUCUGACAGAAAUAUAUUGCCUUCUCUUCCCUAUGCGCUGUGUAUUGAUGGUAAUGAAACGAUAAAGAGAAUAAUAAAGUACGUGGAAAACACUUUGUUUGCUGAGAUUUUGCUUCAGCUGCAGUUGUGAUGAUCACAACUGCUUUAGAAUUGAUUAGACAAUUUAACUUGAAAUUUAGCUCUGGCUAUGGCAGAAGAGAGAGAAGCCUGUGAACAGGAGCAUAAAACAUUAAUCUUUUGGUGGCCCCUUUGAUCUUAGUAGAGCUGGCAGCUUGUGCUUAUUCUUUUGACUUUUUAAGGGGUAUAAUCUUGCACUCAAAUGUGUGAACAAUGUUUGUUCUUUGGCAUUUCAUAAAAUGGCGAAAGGUGAACGGUUUGGCUCGGAGAGAGCAAGGCUUUCUGGAGAGCAGAAAAGCAGAAAAGCUUCCAGAAGACUGAGUUGCAUUAGAGCUAGGAUGGGGAAUCUGUGGACAAAGGACCACAUUUGGCCCAUGCUCUAAUUGAAGGAUUCCCACUUUUCCUCUCUGAACCACCCCUCUGGGAAUCUCUUCUGCUUAUAGUAGUGUGUUGUACACAAGAGGUGGAGAAGAGAUGCUAUGACACAGAGAGAAAGAGCAAUGCAGUCCUGCAAUAAAUGCUGCAUGCACCCCACAACACACACACUUUUGGCUCUGGUUCAGCUAACUGUUGGUUGGGCCCCUGACUGACUAUUCUUGUGGUUCAGAGGCUCUUUAAAGGAAGAAGACUCCCCACUCCUAGCCUUAAAGACUUCACUUCCUCCUGGUGCUGGAUUUGGGGGCCGACCCCAAAGUAUGUUUCUGAGGCUUGAAUCCUACUUUGUGUAACACUUCUUAGCCACAGAUAAUCUGCGUUUUGUGUGGGCAACCUGCAGAAGGGGAAGGGGGAACACUCAUUUCCAAAUAUACUGAGUUGAGGUGGGUGCACGUCAGAAAUCAUGGUUCGCUGCAGUUUCCUGACACAGGUCACUGUGUUUCCCCUUCAUCCUCCACUGUAUUCCCCUGCAAAACACUGGUGUGGUAAACAUGGCUGCCAUAUAAAUCGCAAAUCCACUUUGAGGUGGAAAGCUUGAAACGAGAUGAUCUUAACAAUUUCAUAUUUGUCUGAAAUUAUGAACGCUUGGAAAUUUCCAAAUAUCUCCUAUGGGUCCAUUGUCUUCAAAUGUACCAGUUUUAAAGCAAGAACACCACUUGAGUAAGGACUUUCCCACAUUAUAAAUUAUUGUUGCAAUUAGUCCUUCAUUGCUUUCCCCUGUGCCUGGGCUUUCCCCCAAUGUUGUCUCUGCAGGCUUUCUGUAUUUGGAGUGUGGGUAGCCUUGUUGAUGCUAUUUUCUCCAAAAGCAAACUUUAAUCAAGCAGCUUCUAGUUUUCCUUCAUCAGCUUGACCUAUCUCAUAGCCUCAGGGUUUCAGAAUGGGUUUCACUUGUUUCCUUUUGUCUGGAGGGCUCUGAUUCCUGCUUGGUUGAGGACCUGUUGAGUAUGGAUGACUACAUUCUCUUGAUGUGCUAAAAGGAGAUGGCUGGCAAGACAGCAAGCCCUGCAGCCUAUUGUUACAACCACUGUAUCCUCUAUGGCAAGUGGCACAGAUCCUCCGGCAGACAACCGGAUAAGUCUGAGAGCAAAAGAACUUGAUUGCUUUGCCUUGGUGGAUUAGACCAAGAUAUAUCAGCCUUUUGUUUUCAGCAGUGGUCAUUCAGAUGCCUCCAGGCAUUAGCAAGCAAAGACAUAAAAAUUAUGGCCCUUCCCCUCUUAGUUACACUUGGCACCUGAUAUUCUGAGGCUCUCCAACACCAGUUAACAUGCUGCCCAUUAAUGGUUCUGCCUCCUUGAUAUUUCCUAGGCUGACUGCUUCCAUGAUACUGCACAAGAACAAAAUUUAAUGUCGUGAGAAUGUGAACUUUUCUUUUCUGGUCACAGCUGGCAAUAGCCAAGCAUCAGACUCAAAAAAGAAUUGGGGACCCUCAAGUGUCACCUUGAAAAUAGAAACCCAUUGGGGAGUGUUUGGUGGUUUUUUGCUUUUUUUAGGGUUUGGUCUGCUACUCAGGAGGGUCCCAGUUUUCUGACUAGCCAGGAGGGCUUUUCUCUUCCUUGGGCAGCCAGCAUAAAUGUUGCUGAAACAGAAGGGGUGGUGGUGAAUGAUCUGCAGGGGGUGACCAUUAGCCUCCACCUUUCUGAUUUCAUCCCUGAAGCUGUUUAUUCCCUGCCCUAUGGGAACUAAUGGCUCUCCUUCUGUGUAUCCCAUAUGUUGAGCUUCAAAACUCACGGGAACCAAAAUAGCUUCACAAGUAUUCAAAUGGGGAACCUUUCACUAGAUCCAUGUUUGGAUAGCAAGACUCUGCACAAAAGGUCUAAUAUUUCUGAAGCAUAUCAAGUGGUGAAAACCAUCAAUCGCUUUGGUGGGUUUCAUAAGAUGCUGGGAGAAAGCCCCUGACAAAGAACCUUGUGAAAUGUAUUUGACAAAUCAAUUUGCUGUUGCAGUUUGCAAAGGGACCUUUCUGGAAAACCGAGCAAAAUUACGAUAGCUAAGAAAUUGCAUUUUGCAGACUCUGACAAGAUUCUGUAAGCAUCCAUGGUAGGAUAUUUCAUCAUUUUAAUGAGGCAUUAGAGAAAAUGCAGUUUUUAACUAUGUCAUUGAUAGUGAAUUAAUUUGUUUUUAAAGUGCUCUAAUGUAAUACAUUCAAACUUGGGAGAUUUCAGAAUAAGAUCUGCUUUUCUGCACCGUUCGUACUGCAUAGAAAUUAUUCAAAGUUGCUGAGAAAUGCAAGGGAAUGGGGAUUGUUCGGUCUGGUAAGCUAAAAUGCAAAUGUUGACAGAAUGUUAUCCAUAGUACUACACUGAAUUUCUUCUGAUGAGAAAAGGUAUCUUCAUUGGUCCCACCACCAAGGUUUAGAUGGUUGUUUUGUGGUAUUAAAAUUUGGCCACAAACCUCUCAUGUUCCAGCUGUUGCUGCUCUUUUAUCGCCCACAAUUCCCUCUGUAAGCCAGAGGAAGCCUGGGAAGCAAGUGCCUAGGGGCCAUUGGGUUGAUGGCUCAAGCCAUCUUUCAGUUCCAUAAACUGGCACAGCCCCUGACGAAAUAGCUAGCAACGCUACAGAGUAAACUGCCUCAACAGUUCUGAAAAGUUGCCUUGUCCACAAAAAAAUGUGUCAUUGCAAUGCCUUUUGCCACCAGAUCACCAGAGGCAACAUCGGAUAUCCAACCAAUACAGUGCUUAGCAGGCUUUAAAAAGGGAUUAGACAAAUUCAUGGAGGAUGGGCCAAUGAACUGCUAACAAAUUUGUCAUCUAUGAUAGCAAAUCCAAGAUCUGAGACAACAUACCUCUAUUUCUGGGGGCAAACAGCAAGGAGCAUGGCAUACUUCUCAGAAGUACCUGAUUGGCUACCUGAAGACUGAAAGGGAAUUUUUAUUUUAGUUUUUCAUUUUUUAAAGUGAAAAAGUGAGAGUAGAAGUUCAGCUCUAUAACGUGUCCUUUUGAAAAGGUUGUUCUUUCACCCUAUUUUGCAAUUAAAAUAAUUUCGCUUGCCUUUGAGUGUUUGUUCUGGAAGAAAGGCAGUAAUGAAGAGUGGGAGUGUGCUAGUUCAUGUUGUGCUAACAUAGCGUUCGACAACUGUGACUCUUUUUUAGUCACUGCUCAUAUGGAUAAUAAGUUAAUUAUACAAUUAGCCAUUUGUGAAUCAGACAUGUGCUGGGGACGUUGGUGGGGAAAAAAGAGCAACAAUUGUUCACAGCUUUCAUCACUAUUGUUGGCUCAGACGUACACUUGACACAUUAAAAAUCUGUAGGCCUGAGGUGAAUGUCCUGUUCCCCACCUGGCAUCCUUGCGCAUGACCAAAGGAGCUAUUUAUUUUUACUAUGUUUAAAAUUAGCGCAACAUUUAAACAGUUUCUUCUGUAGAGUGUUGGUGGUAUUUUUCCCUUAAGCACUUUCCUAGAAAUUGGCACUCCUGAGUAUAGGAAGAAAAGAACCUCCCAUGCCAAACUUCACAGAAUUUGGCCUGGAAAUUAUUAUUAUUAUUACUACUACUAUUAUUACUUGUUUUAUUAUUAUUUAUUAAAUUUAUAUACUGCCUUUCAUCCAAAGAUCACACGGCAGUUUGCAUCAUGAAAAUACAAAGUGAAAACACAAAAUACAUAACAGAGUGGCAGUAAAUCAAUGCCCAUCCCACAAACACAUUUAAAAGGCCGUAGGUUGUUUAAUUAGCCAAAGGCCUGGGAGAAGAGGAAUGUUUUCACCUGGUGCCUAAAGAUAUGUAAUAAAGGCACCAGGAAAGCCUCCCUGGGGAGACCAUUCCACAAACAGAGAGCCACCACAGAAAAGGCCCGGUCUUGCGUUGCCGCCCUCCGGACCUUGUGUGGAGGAGGCACAAAAAGAAGGGACUCGGAUGAUGACCGCAGGGUUCGGGGCAGUUCAUAUGGGGAAAGGUGGUCCUUGAGGAAUUGUAGUCUUGGGCAAAUUGAGCAAACCUGCAGCACGCCCCAGAUCUGAAGGAUGUUAAGAAGCGCUACAAUCUCUGCCUUCCUGCAGCUCUCACCAAGCAAGAAAAUGACAGGGAGACUAAACAAGGAAGCUUCUUGGCAAUCAGGCAGAGCAGUUGACUUGUGGCUGCCCAGGAUGCCUAAAAAACCUUUCUGUUUAGUCUUGCCCUCUAAGCAGGUUCAGCAGAAUUUACCCUCAGGUUACCAGCCCACACUGCUGCUGUUAAGGGCUCUCGGAUAGAGGUUGCCAUCAUAAUACUUCGCAUAUGUGGCACCUCUACACCCCAUUUUAAAGAGAGCUACUUUUGGCAUGAUUGUCUAUCAAAGUCUGGCCCAAGAGGUUAGUAGGGAUUUAUAAUUGAUUGAUAAGAGUAUGUCCUGGCUGCAAGUGAUCUAACCCUAACCCAUGGGCAUCCCCUCUCACUGUCCUCCACCCCGUAUCAAGCCACCGCUGUCCAAAAAUGCUGAGUUUACAAAUCAAUAUGUAAUCACUUGUGAACAUUGGUCAACAAACUUUUAGCAGCCUACCUGUCCACAUAUGCCAAUAGUUGUGGGCUGGUAACCUGAGGGUAAAUUCUGUUGAACUAAGGUGCAAAGUGCAUCGUAGUAUAUGCAAUUGAAAGGGCUGAGGGAAAAGAGGGAAAACUUAAGCGUGAAAAUGAAACCCAGAGAUGCAUGUGUUUGAACGUCCAUGUCAAGUGGGUAGUUUUCAGUAGAAGGAUAUACAAUUGUCCCUCAAAUCUUUUCUGCAUGCUGUUUUGAUGGGUUCAGAAUUCAACCCUAGGAUCAGUUUUAGCUCAGCUCAAAAAAGUCAAAUUCAGUGUUAAGAAAAAGAAUUCAAAAUAAAGCAACAAAACUACCAUUAUACUUGUGCAGGCAAUUAAGCAAAUAUUUUACUUUAAUAGAGGAUGAUCUCUGAUAGAAAUUUUAAUGUUUUUAUUGUAUGCACAUGCGUCUUUGUGUGUGUGUGUGUGUGUGUGUAACUGCUUUUAUUUUUAUUGCUGGCGGUAUACAAAUAUUUUUUAUAAAUAAGUAUAUUAUGAGGGUGUCAGUUCUUGCAGUCCUCACAUUGGGAAUGUUGUGUGAAAUGCUGACAGCCCAUCUGCUGAUGGUUUUUGGCUGUAGUUGGGUACUAUAUUUUAAUCUUUUUGGACCAUUGUGUAUUUGCUGGAUUUUGUUGAUAUUUCAUAUUUAUCAAUAUUUUAUUUUAUUUCUGCUGCACCUCAGUAUUUUUAAUACACUGGGCCUUGGUGUUCAUUAUUGAUUACAUCUAUUGAUAUUUUAUUUCAUGUACAUUAAUAUUUUAUUUUAUCGUAAGGCUCCUUGAGGGUAUUUUUUACCUUAACUUGUAAAAAUAAUAAAGAAAUAAUAAAGAAAGAAAGGUUAGUCCAGAGCUCAAAGAAGAAGAAGAAUGUGGCUUAGAUUUUCAGCUCCCCGGCUUGAAUCACCUUUCUUGUGAAUUAAAGGCUUAUAAGGUAGUGGCUUUUUACUUCAGGAAAAAAGAUGAAUAGCAGGGAAUAUAAAAGGCUCUUGCACAUUUCUGAAUGGUGCAGAGGGAGUGAAAAGGCAGAAAUUACUCUCUCAUACAGAGACUCAGAGGUCACCUGAAGACACACACAAUGUGACUUAAUGGAGGCAGUUUGAAUGUUCGGCAGCAAGUGAACAAGCUAUCGUGUGAUCAAGUGUUGUACUUGCCUGCCUGAACCAGAAAUCGGUACGUCAGUGGCAGCUAUUAAUUACGGGUGCUUAAGGUGUUUGCUGGCAGUAGCAGGGCACUAUGUUUGAAUCCACAAGUGAGAUCCAGCAUAACAUCAGCAUGAGACAUUCUGAGGGCUGGUUUAGUGCAAGUGGUUGUGCAAGAGGUAGCAUACAAGUUUAACUGUUGGAGAGUAGAACAGUAGAAGUUGCACUAGGGUUUCCGGCUACGUCACGAGUCAAUGGUGGUCGCUCCUCAGUGCCCUCCACGGAUAGCGAGGAGGUUCAGGCAGGGGAAAGCCAGGAUCUAUGAGGCAAAAAUCCUGGCAAUGCUCCCCAGUGGGGUCUAGGGAGUUCACUGCAUCCCGCUGUGCCACACAAGCCCAUGUCUUCCAACUUGAAAGGCAGAGUGGGUGCAACCUGGGAGUGUGUCCCUGCCAUGGACGACCUUCCAUCUCCGGAAUGAUUUGUGGUAGGUUCCUCCAUAAUUUGGACAAUUGGCAUUAAUCAAGAGGUGCUCCUGGACCGACACAUGUGCAACAUCUUUCACAAGCCACCCACUGAAUUUGGCUAUAGUACACUACACUAAAAAUGGGGUUCCCACAAGUGGAGUGGCUGUUAAACCUCUGGGCUGCCACAGUUGAAAUCUGCCAGUGUUUUUAUGGGGGGGUGUAUAAUUUCCAGAACUUUAAGAAAGGCAACAUAAAACAAAUAUUCAAGGGCGCUUGUCCUGUAGGGAAGCUGGGUGUGUUAGGCCUGGGUAAUACAUCAAUAUAUCGCCCAGAAGCGGUAUGAGGGCAGAGUGGGAUGGUGGUUUCACACAGUGAUAUAUCGCCGAUGAAACCGCCAUCCCACUCUGCCCUCAUACUGCGCAGAGGGAGAAAAAAAGCUAAACCUAUGAGGUGCCGAUACAACUUGUUCCUCCCUCUGUAUCUUUAAACUGCUUGGCUGAGGAGUGUGCGGUUGCCGCUCCCCUCAGCCGAGCAGUUAAAGGACCCCCCAACCUGGCGCUGGCUGCCAGCAAGCAGGGGGAGCACUGGGGAUGAUUCUGCAAGCUGUUCAAAAAAGCUACAUUGUCCCAGCCCGCUAGGUGCUGGGGUGAAAGUGCUUCAGCUCCCGCAGUGAGAGCUGCGGCAAUUUCACCCGACGCCUCGCAGGCUGAGGCCAACGCAGCUUGUUUUUUCAACUUUGUGGUAUAUCGCCACACCCCAAUGUUUGGCUGGUGAUAUACCACAAUGUUGAAAAGCUGAUAUUUCCCAUCCCGUGUCUCUGUGUGUUGUAUUUUAUUUUGUUAUGUUAUGUUAUGUUAUGUUAUGUUAUGUUAUGUUAUGUUAUGUUGUUAUGUUAUGUUAUGUUAUGUUAUGUUAUGUUAUGUUAUGUUAUGUUAUGUUAUGUUCUGCUGGAGUGCACCAGAGCAGAAAGAAAAAUAAAGACGUGUGUUUUUUUAAGGCCCACAUUUUUCCUGAAAAUGUUGCUUAGAAGAAUAAGAAUCUUGUCUUCUAAGGAAGCUGGGUCGUCAUAUUUUUUCCUCUCCUUGUAUGCAAAAUACAUUAUCAACAUUCCAAAAUUAUUCAUUCUGGCCAGAAGACAAUCAUGUUGGAAUCUAAUGCAUAAUGAGGUGGAACUGGAAGAAUUUGCUCACGUCAACCAAAGUUGUAUACCUCUUGAUUGCAAUGUGCAGAGGGACAAACAGUGGAGAAUGUUUAUAUCUGCCAUGCUCUGUGAGCUUCCAAGGCUGAUCUAACCAACACAGUUCUUGCAUUCUUAACAUAAAGUAAGAGCAAUGGGGAGCCAUCACUGGCCAGGAUCCCUCCCCUUUGUGUUUAUGGCAGGGGUGGGAAACCAAAUGUUCCUUUGUACAGGCAAACAUGCUUGGGGGGGGAGGGCAAGAAUAGGGUACUUGGGGCAGUCAAGAUGCUGUUGGGCUCCAAGUCUCAUCCACUCCAGACAGCAAAGCUUUUGUUCAGCGAUAGCUGUAAUUGAAGUCCAGCAACAUCUGGAGAGCCACACCAUUGAUGAUAAGAAGCCAGCCCAUUGAGGGGAUGAAAUGAUGAGCAACUAGGGAACUGAACACAAUGCAGUGCCUAGAAAGCCUUGAUUUGUCUCCUCUCCACCUUGCUUCUCCUCUCACUGCUUAGCCUCAAUGCCUGAUGGAGGCAGUCCAUUCCUGGGCAUGUCCAGUGACCCAGUGCACGUGUCAUUUUAAAGAUAAAAGUGACUAGCCCUCAUCACUCUGCGAUAGUUUAAAGGGAGAAUCACAGAAUUGAUGACCUGGCAGGGACCCUGAGGUCCAACCCCCUGCAAUGCAAGAAUAUGUGGUUGCAUGGUGAGUUCCCACCUCCCCCCGGUGGAAAUAAAGACACAUGACACAAAUAUUUAGGUUAAUGGGCAAAAAAAUCGCCACAACUUUAUUGGUUACAGGAAUGAGCGGUAUUGGUUUAGGCAUUGGUCCUAACCGACUAUCCGGCUUCAGCCCAAUUGCUUGAAGACCGGGAAGGGUUAACCACCAGUAGGGGGAGUCCUGCUGAUGCACAUCAACUAGGAACUCCCCCGGGGUCACGGCUCGGGGGCGUGCCUUAGGCCCUCACCUCCAUAGGCUUCAGACAGGGCCACACCCCCCGGAAUCCUUUAUCGGACUACAUUUUGAUAUUCGGGGGAGGUGAUGGCGCUUCCUCCCCCCCCUUCAUCUACAUGACAAUACCCCUACCAAUGCCUAACCACCAAUGCCGAGGAAGUUGUGAUGAUUUGCUACGAGGUAGGCAAAAAACCAAGUGGCUGGUGCCAAUUUGCCAAGUGGAAAAAAUUCCUACCAGGCCCCUUAACGGCGACCAACUGAGGUCCAUAGCAAGGUCAAAAGGAAAACCUAAAGGGUGGGAGGGUGGGAAACCCGAUGAGCUGAGGUGGCAAAAGAGGGAGAUCCCUGGCCGUGUCAGCAUGAUAUCAUGCAAGCCACGCCCCCCCAGGCCAGCCGAUUGGCUGGCCAGGGGAUGACGCGGCCAGGGAUCCCCUCAAUCACGUGGAGGUUGAGAGCCAGCCCCCGCGAACAUGGAGAGGGCGUGAAGCCCGCAACUCCACCUCCUCUCGAGUUCGGAAGUGGUUUUGUCCCAUAAGGGGAUUGAACCUGCAACCUUGGCAUUAUCAGCACCACGCUCUAACCAACUGAGCUAUUCUGACUUCUGCUUUCUACAUGUUCUCUCAUCUCUUUUGAAUUUGUGUGGUCCCGGUCUUUGGAAAUGUGAUGCAGAAGCGAGAGCCUUUUCCCGGGCCUAGGACAUGCAUCCCACAAACAGAGAUGACCGCUGCAUUUUACUACCCACCUCACUGCCAUGACUGUUGGGUCCAAGUGUUGGGCUUGUUACAGUCGCAGGCAUUUUCUGCUGGAGUUGCUGCCGAAACGUGUCCCAGCAACUAAGAGAAGCUCUUUGGUUAUUUACAAAUAAAUGAAGGAAGCCAGCUGCAGUCGUUGAGUCAGCCUUUUUCAUUCAAAAACUCUGAAUCAUCCUGUCCGGAGCCGCAACACCUCUUGCUUGGUUUGUAUAACAUGGUUUGCCAUCUCUUUCUGAGGCAAUUUUUUUCUCCCUUUUGGAGGGGCGAUGCUGCGCAAUAUGCAGGCAUGCAAGGUGGUGUGGCUCCUCCUCACUGCCUCCCCUUGCUUGGUAAGAACCACACCUGUUGACUUCCUGCCUGUAAUGCAUCUGUUAACAGCAUAGCUGUCAAGCGUCCCUUAUUUGGCGGGACAGUCCUUUAUCCCAGCGCCAUGUCCCGCUGCUGUCCCUUAUUGAUGAGGCUUCGUUUGGCUGCUGGCUGGGCUUUCUGCCUUUGGCUCGGAGGGGCUCAGAAGUUGAACAUACCUGUGCCCAGAAAAUCCCUUAUUUUGACUGCUGAUGCCUUAUUUUCGAGGCUGCUGGUCCCUUAUUUUCAAAUUUGUAAGUUGACAGCUAUGGUUAACAGCACAAGCUCCUGCAUCCACGCAAGGAGAAACUAGGAGACUUGGACAUUAAAUUGUGGAAUGAGAGCCACGGCCAUUUGGCUGGAGUCCAGAGUCUGCAUUCAGCAGGAGCUUUCCAUCAAUUGCAAAUGUUUUAGCUCGGCUUUCUCCUUACCCCUUUGCUUUAUCUUUCUCCCCACAUUCUUGGUUUCCCGGUGUGGUGUCUUUUUCACCCCCCUUUUCCCCAUUCUCUGCCUUUUUCCCUUCUGCAGUGUCAGUUUGCACCUCCCCACCGUCUCAUGCAGCAUGAAGCUGAUAAACAUCACAUAGCCCUGCCUGCUUUCGCACUUGCUGGUGGCACCACUGCAGGAAAGAGCUGCUAUGCGGGAGAGAAGGCCUAAUUUUAGUACAGACACUUCUCCCUUGGCAGUGGGAUGUCAGUGGGCACUUGGCUCCUCCCUCUCCUGCGCGAACUGCAGAAAUCUGACAGGGUGCUCUUUGGAAACGCAGUGCAACUGUAAAUACACCCAGAGUGGUGACCGAAGGUGACAGGAGGAGAAGGAUUGCUAGGCACACAUUUGUAGAAGCCCAGAAUCGGGUUUUUUCUUAUUAAAAAAGAUGGUAUGUUGUGUUUGGCACGAAGGAGGGGGGUGGGAGGAAAUUGCAUUAACAAGAGAUGGAUAGUGCAGUAAUUUGCAUACUGAUAGGCUGAUUGAUCCAAGGCACUUUGCUGUCCUAGGGAGCAGAGCCAAAACAAACACCCAAAAACAAACCUACCACUGAAAUUAUGUGUGCUGUGGUGCAGCAUACAAAAACUUCCCUCGUACAAGAAAUAAAAGUGAGGCAAAUUCCAAGUUUUGGUGGUGGUUCGGGGCUUUAGUUUUUGAGAGAAGGGUGGCGAGUUUCAGAGUCCUCCCAUCCUGAUUUUACACACACACACAUAUACACACUUUUAAUUUCUGCUUUUAUGCCAGAAAAGCACUUAAAGUGUCUUUCAAUCAGAACACCUUGCCUUUUGCUGUUGAAAUCCUCUCCCAGGUCGCCAAUUGCUGUGCUCCCAACUCCCAUCAGCCCAAAUGGCCAGUGUUUAGACCUGAUGGGAGCUGUAGCCCUUCAAUGCCUGAGCGGGCAGGCUCCCCCACCCAUGAUAUAGUAGUUGCAACUCUGCCACCCAGGCUUCAUCAACAGCUGCUCAAAUCCAAGCCAUGGGAACUUCUUGAAGUGGUGGAGCAUGUGCUUCACACAUAGGAGCCCCCAGGUCCAGGCCAUAGCAUUUCCUUGCAUGCAUUUAAUUUGCACUGUUUCAACUUCAAGGUUGAAAUCACAUUAGUUAAAUGUGCAACUGUACUGUAAAUAAGAGAUUGUUGUUGUUUAGUCGUUUAGUCGUGUCCGACUCUUCGUGACCCCAUGGACCAGAGCACGCCAGGCACUCCUGUCUUCCACUGCCUCCCACAGUUUAGUCAAACUCAUGCUGGUAGCUUCGAGAACACUGUCCAACCAUAUUGUCCUCUGUUGUCCCCUUCUCCUUGUGCCCUCUAUCUUUCCCAACAUCCAGGCAGUCUUCUCUUCUCAUGAGGUGGCCAAAGUAUUGGAGCCUCAGCUUCAGGAUCUGUCCUUCCAGUGAGCACUCAGGGCUGAUUUCCUUCAGAAUGAAUAGGUUUGAUCUUCUUGCAGUCCAUGGGACUCUCAAGAGUCUCCUCCAGCACCAUAAUUCAAAAGCAUCAGCCUUCUUUAUAGUCCAGCUCUCACUUCCAUACAUCACUACUGGGAAAACCAUAGCUUUAACUAUACGGACCUUUGUUGGCAAGGUGAUGUCUCUGAUUUUUAAGAUGCUGUCUAGGUUUGUCAUUGCUUUUCUCCCAAGACAUAAGAGAUUAGACACCUUUAAAAGGCAAUUAGACAAAGCAGGUUUUAAAGCCAAAAGGCCUUUUUUGUUCUGUUCAGAGGUAGUCUGCCUCUGCACCUGGAGGUUCUACUUGGUAAUUAGCUGACAGAUAGCUUUCAUCCUCCAGGUUCAUAGGCCGUUUGUCUCUGACUAAGUUGAAGGAGAUGAACAAACAACAGAGAAGCGCCAUUGUCAUCAAACCCUCCUUGCAUUUGGUUACUAUUGUGGGAAGCGGGAUGCUGAACCAAAUGCAAGUGCUUAGUUCUUCUAUAGAAGCUAAAUAAAUAAAUCUCCAAAACAUCUUGUACCAUUUGCACAGAGCAGGCCACAAGCUCUGACUGGGCUGUGCAAUAAAAGUGAUGUUACUGUUUAUUGCUGCUGCUUAUAAAUGCUAGCAAACAUUUCCAUUCCUGCAUUAAGGCCUUCUUAGCACCCAUGUCUAAAAUGUACAUUGAAGCUUAAUUAAAUUGUGUGUGUGUGUGUGUGUGUGUGUGUGUGUGUAAGUAAGUAAGUAAGUAAAAUAUUCCAGUGGACUGGAAUAGUGGCUGGCAUUAGCUAUUAAAUUAGCAAAGCAAUCAUUUCUGGAACAGCAACAAUUCUCUCUGACAUUAAUUACUUCAUAUGUCUCUCAGGAUAGUAAAAAGAAAAGAAAAAACUCACAUUAGCUCAGCCUGACUUUCCUGCAGUCUUAACUAAUGCUGAUGAGCAUUGAGUCACGUGGAUUAAUCCCGUUUGUGUUUGUGGGCAGGCCCUGCUUAUGGGUGUGCUGUUGGACAUCCCAUCAUCCCUGACCCCUUGGCCAUGAUGGCGACUGGGAGUCCAACAACAUUUGGAGGGCCACAGGCUCCCCAGUCCUGUUAUAGGCUCUGCAUCUAUGCAGCACCUAUGCACUAUCUCUUGUGUACGGUUGCCAGGUGGCUAGUACUGGUACAAAAGAGUAAAAUGUUGUUCUGUCAGGUAAUCACUCAGCCUUUCUCCAUUCCUGCAGCAGAAUAGACUGUAGCAGAGGCUUCCUCAACCUCAGCCCUCCAGAUGUUUUGAGACUACAAUUCCCAUCAUCCCUGACCACUGGUCCUGCUAGCUAGGGAUCAUGGGAGUUGUAGCCAAAAACAUCUGGAGGGCCGAGGUUGAGGAGACCUGCUAUAGCAGUUAAGGCCUCAGAUGGCAACUGCGUCAUUUAUUUAUUUGUCUCCCCAGAUCAGGAUGCUCAGUUUUUAUUUAAUGUAUUGUUUAAAUCAUAUCAACAACAUCAAGUUACAGUUAAAGAAAUAAGAAGCAUUGUGUCCAGAUUUGCCCAUGCAACAGAAACCCCUCCUUGCAUGGACCCCAGAAUCGAGCAAUCUCUCUUCUUCUACCUCAGAGUAUGGCAUGUAUGGACCAGGCCUUGAGAUCCAAAAAUCUCCAAAUUCUCACCUUCCCAUUUCUGCUCUGCCUGUGUGACAUGACAGGUUCUGGCUUGGCUCCACCCCCUGGUCUCGCCCAGCAUUUUGGCAUCUUAAAACACACACACACACACACCCCAAUCCUGCACCAUUAAUGAAGAAAACAAUUCCCUCUCAUUUUCCAGGAAAAUUAGAAGGGGCAAUCAAUCUCCAACGCUACUCUCGAUGACAGAGAUUCUUUAUUCUUUCUUCCCUCCUGUACAGGGAACAAAUCUCAAGACAGUGGAAUUGCAGAGAUGGAGGAGCUUCCUGUUCCACACAACAUCAAAAUCAGCAACAUCACCUGUGAUUCCUUCAAGAUUUCGUGGGACAUGGAUUCCAAGUCUAAGGAACGCAUCACUCACUACUUCAUUGAUCUAAAUAAGAAAGAGAACAAGAAUUCCAACAAAUUUAAGCACAAGGUAUGUUUUUGUUUUUGUCAAACAGAAAGUACAGCAGCAGAAUGUGCUUCGAGUAACUGCGAAGUUCUACAUGCUUUUCAGAUCACUGAAAUGCUUUUUGAUUGUGACACUUGAAAGGGAGGAGGUGGUGAUCUUAAUCUCUUAAGUGGUGAAUUUGCCAAAGAAAAGGCUUCCAUUGAGUCCAUGUUUUAACUCCAGUUGAGUGUUUUUUCCAUUGGUUUUUUCCAUUUCCUAAUGGUGAGAUCUACCCCCAACAAAUUGAUGGAUAAUUUCUGUUCCCAUCAGUGAAAUGUCAUUUCCCCCACCCACCCUCACUGCCCAGAUUUCUUUGUCCACAAACAAGGUAGAGAAUUUCAAGAAGUCAUUUGCAUACAGCCCUCAUUCCAAACAUAAACCUGGUUCAGACCAACCUUUCUCCUUGUGAUUCCAAACAUAUGAGAGAUCAUAUGGAGAAGAAAACAGUAUACACAUGUGAACCAUCUUAAGUCGUGAUGUGAUCCUUGUGGUGUUUCUUCAAACUCUAUUGUCCAAGGAUUUUGACCAAGAUGUGUGGCCUACUUACUCCAGAAGGCAUGGCUGAGGGGGGAAACCUGCAAAAUGGCUUCCCCGAUGUUAUAAAAGCAGCAGCUUAAAAGACACCUCACACCAGUUUUUUGUGUGUACGUAUUGAAUUGCCAGGUACAUCAACUUGGUUAUUGAUUUUUGCCUGGACACCAGUUCUUUUCAUCAGUUCUACACCACAUUAUGCUUUGAGGUGGGGCAAAAGGUGUCAAUUAAAAAGAAAAGCAGUUUAAUACUAGAAUGACAAUAGUUCACCCUGUGAGGUACUUUUGAAGAAAUGAAAAGGCGUUGCAACAGAAAUAAACAUUUAGGUCUCGCAGAAGAAAUAACACAUUUCUGGGUGAGUAGCACUGGGGGGGGAGGGGGACAAAAGAAAUCAAUGUUUGGUGCUAUGGGGGUAAUAGGAUCAGAUCAAUGGUUAUUAUAAAACAAUGUAGCUGAUCUCCCCUAAGGCUACUAAAACUGUGUCCAAACAUAUGCUCUGAAAUUUAUUGGCUCUGUUCUAAUAGUUUGGGGUUUGACCACAACGCAUGAGCAAACUGGAGCCCCACAAACCUCUGGGUCAUGGUGAGUUCCUUAAACCAGAUGCCUUAUAUGUAUUGACAUCAUACCCACACCAUGCAUUUAAAGCACAUCCAGUGCACAUUUUAAACCACAUGACACACCCCGAAAAUGUUGGGAACUGUAGUUUAAGGGUACUGGGAAUUGUAGCCCUGUGAGAGGGAAACGACAGGUCCCAGGAUUCUUUGUGGGAAGUCAUGUCUGUUGGCUUUGCUUUAAAUGUAUGGUAUGGCCCUCCUCUUUCCCACCUCUCCAUAGGCUUGAGGAUAGUUGCGGUGUUUUAAAAUCAUGAAGACCAAUUUAAACACAAAACAUGACAGGGUCGUGCUGAAGUACCAGUCGUGCAGAAAAUAUUAACCAGGCACACUGAUUUUGCAGCGCAAAAUGCCUGCAAAACUCUUUCCAAAAGCCUUCUGAAACUCCUAGUAACUGGAGAGGCUGAAAACCCUAUAGGCACAUUCAAGUAUGCCUGUUUGGGAAAACGUAUCAGCUUAUAUGCCCAUUGCCCCAUGGAUCAGAAGGAUGAUUUCAAACACAUCAAUAUUAUGGUAUCUUUUUGAGGUUUGCCCCCUGCAGAGAAAUUUAAUCAAAUGCAAAAGGGGAAGGAAAUGAAAAGGAGAGUUAUAAUGCUUCGGGAUAAAAUGUUGUGCCCUGACAAUUAGAAAACCUGGCAGGAAUCUGAGGGUCAGGUUUAAAAAUAACAUUGGGGUAUAUUGGAAAACAUAGAGGGUGAAGGGCAGUAGCAGAAGAAAGAACCAUAGAAGACAUUAAGAGGCAAGGAGAACGAGAGAGAGAGAUGAAUGGGAUGCUAAAUACUUCAAGCUGACAAACUUAUCCCGUAGGAAAGCAGAGGUUAAAAUAGCAGCAACUAUUGGUACUGCUGGCAAUUAUAACAGAUUGAAGUGCUUUUUUUAAAAAAAAAAAAAGACUUCAGAAUAUCCCUGCCUGGACUAGAAGAUAAGGAGCUAGAAGAUCCUUAAUUAAUAGGCUUGAUGGGCUUAGCAGAAUUUGCAUGAAGCAAAAGUUUGGGUACAAAGUUCUAAUUUCUACAAUACAUUUUAAUGUAAUAUCUACAAGUAUGUAGCAGAUUAUUCAAGUUAAAUGUAACCUAACAUGCAAUAGGCAAGCCACCAAGAUCUCCAUAUAACAACUGCUUGUGCUGCCUGCCAGUUGAUGGGUGGGCAGUUACCUGACAAAUGAGCUGUGAUAAGCUUGGUGUGUCACAACAAGUAGUGUAAACCUAUAAACAUCCUUCUAGUGCAUUUGGGGUGUGUGUGAAUGAUAAAGCUUGAUUUAUUAACUUUGGUCCCAAGUUAGUGACAGGGGAGAAAUUCAUCUCACUUUGCAUAUAAAACCUAUCUUUCCAAAAACAAUGCACAAACCAAAACACAGCCAUCCUUUGGAAAUUUCACAUUUCUGAAUUUUGCAGUGUGGUUCGCCUAUAAUGUAAACAAAAAUGCAUAUACUAAACUGUGCAUAAAAGGCACAUCAUUAGGGGAAGUUGCUUUGCAAAAAAAAAAAAAUGCACGUUAGGCAAACUCACAUGCCAAGAAGUACAUAAUUAGGAUAAAUUUAGAGGCAAUUUUUCACGAGGACUUUCUUUGAAAACAAAAUUGCAAAUGUAUAAAAAUGUUGGGAGGUUUGCAGCUCACAAAACUUUGAACACUUCAGACAUUACAAGGAUUUAAUUACCUAAUAGAUAGUUCAUUACCCACUAGGUUCUACUCAAAAUAAAUUCUGCAUAAUGACAAAGUGAAAAUAUAAAAAUCAGAAAUGUAGGGAGAAGUGUAAAUUGAAUAAAAAGAAAAUGUUUUGCCAAGAAGAUGCCACAAGACCCCGGGGGACAAAUACUACCUGUGGAGAUGGCAGCCAAGAAUGAUUAGCAUUAGUAGAACCUAAGUUGCACAAUAAAUUGUGAAGCGAUUUUUCGAGAGAGAGAAAAGUCAAAGUCACUUACAUCGAUUUUGCAAUAAACAAUAUGGGGCAGAGUUACAAGGCAUUUUGUGUACAGAAUGACUUAAGAAGAUGAUUUUGUGCAAAGUAAUUUCAAAAACAAACCACCGCGUAGAAUUCUGGAGAGUUCAGUCCUUGCAUAGGAUAAACAUAUGCACAGGAUAGUCUUGAAUAUAGCCAAGGCUUGAUGAUACCCAGAAGACUAAUAUUUGAUCAUUAUUGUGACUGUUGCCCACCUACUAUUUGCUUUUUGCUCUUUGCUCUCUUUCUUAAAAUCUGAAAUUGCACUCCCCUGCACACUGUACUCUCCUUUCAAACAGGGCCAUUUCCCGCACACUUCAGUUGUGUACGAACUGAAGCCCUUUGCUGCACGUCACUGAGUGUUAUUUAUCUGCCUGGAUAAAGAGACAUAAUAAAUUGUUUGUAUCGUUUGAUAUUCAGAUAAAAGGAGAGUUCUAUCUGUGUGCACUUGCGCUGUAUUAGAAUUAUGGAGUGGAAAACUUCUUGUGUUCAGAUGAUAACAAUAUUUGGAUUAUUACAGAAUGGAAAGGAGAAUGCAGUUUCUUUGACGUUGGGUCUCUUGUGAAGAUGCAACAGCAUUUGAACCUCUUUUUGAAGACUAAGCAUAAUUAAGCCGAAAGUGGAACUUGAUAGGCAUGCUGAUACUCUUUCUAUCUGGGUUGAAGGUGCAUCUUGCAUAACUGUGAAAUAUGAAAGUGAUGCUAUUCAUCAAUAGCACAUUCCAUCUUUUUUUCUUUUUUUUUGCUGAGUGUAAUAGAGUUCUUGGUGGAGUGAAUGGAAUCUGGUUUGAAUUAAGAUGUACCGUAUUUUUCGCUCUAUAAGACGCACCAGACCACAAGACGCACCUAGUUUUUAGAGGAGGAAAACAAGAAAAAAAAUAUUCUGAAUCUCAGAAGCCAGAACAGCAAGAGGGAUCGCUGCGCAGUGAAAGCAGCAAUCCCUCUUGCUGUUCUGGCUUCUGUGAUAGCUGCGCAGCCUGCAUUCGCUCCAUAAGAUGCACACACAUUUCCCCUUACUUUUUAGGAGGGAAAAAGUGAGUCUUAUAGAGCAAAAAAUAUGGUAAUUAACAAAUAACCUUUUGCUUUGACCUGUUGCGUGAAGAAGAAGAAGAAGAGUUUGGAUUUGAUAUCCCGCCUUUCACUCCCUUUAAGGAGUCUCAAAGCGGCUAACAUUCUCCUUUCCCUUUCUCCCCCACAACAAACACUGUGAGGUGAGUGGGGCUGAGAGACUUCAAAGAAGUGUGACUAGCCCAAUCACCCAACAGCUGCAUGUGGAGGAGCGGGGAAGCGAACCCGGUUCACCAGAUUACGAGUCUACCUCUCUUAAGCACUACACCACACUGGCUCUCUCUGAACUUUCUAUGCUCACUCAUUCUCCAAAAUGCCCAGAAAUGGCUGCUGUUAAGUCCAGACAGCAUCUUAAGAGACACAUUACUUAGGCAAUAUUGGUACGGUACCCCAACUCAUCCUAUCCUGGGUCUAGUUCUAGCUUUGCUUUGGUGCUGGAUGGCUGUUGGUUCCCCUGCUCUACAAGAGUGUUUCCCAAACUUGGGUCUCCAGCUGUUUUUGGACUACAACUCCCAUCAUCCCUAGCUAGCAAGGGAUGAUGGGAAUUGUAGUCCCCAAGUUCAGGAAACACUGCUCUACAGUCACCCCAACUUAUUUCUGCAUGUUUCGCAGUUGUUAAAGGCGCAGGAGCAGGCCCAGCUGGUGAAUUUCUCAGCGGCAUUGGUGACAUUCAUCUCCCAGCAUGCCACAGGUGUGGGCAGGCUCACAUGGACCUUUCCCAUGCUUCUGCUUCUGGAGCCACCCUGCUACAUUUUUCAUUUUGACUAUUGUGUUGGUUCAGCAACUUGCCUCUCUUGUUUCUAUUCAGUAACAUGGAACUCUGUAGCUUCUGAUUCUCUCUGCCAAUCCUGCCCAAUAAAUCAAAAUCCUUAUGUACAGCCCCAUUAAUGGGCGGUGGCACUAUUCACUCCUCUAUGAAUAGUGCCACCUGUAUACCUGUCAUCAAGCAAUGUUGAAUUGCUAUAUUUAUUGUGAAAGCUGAGCUUGCGCUGGGGGGGGGCACUGUCAAUUUGAGACUGGUCAUUUCGGAGCUGUGGGAAAACGGUGUCAUUUUUGCUGUGGGACCUAAAUAGUUGUUCGUUAUUAUUUUAUUAAAUUUAUUGGCCGCUUUUUUUACCAAAGUAACUCCAAGUGACUUACAAUCUAUAAACUGUACUAAUGUACAGUUACAUUAGUAUAGUGGUACCUCAGGCUAAGUACUUAAUUCGUUCCGGAGGUCUGUUCUUAACCUGAAACUGUUCUUAACCUGAAGCACCACUUUAGCUAAUGGGGCCUCCCGCUGCCACCGUGCCACCGGAGCAUGAUUUCUGUUCUCAUCCUGAAGCAAAGUUCUUAACCCGAGGUACUAUUACUGGGUUAGCGGAGUCUGUAACCUGAAGCGUAUGUAACCCAAAGUGUAUGUAACCUGAAGCGUAUGUAACCCGAGGUACCACUGUACCGAUGAGAAAACAAAUGUCCUGAACAUGCAAACAAAUGGGAAGGGUGUACCAGUAGUUAUUACACACAAACACAACAUACUGAGUGACAACAUUUUAUUGGCAUUGCAGGGGCUUCAGGCACUUGACUUGGGGCACAAAAAUGGGUCCUUCCUAUUGCAAAUAGUUAACAGAUUGUCUGUGCCUAUUACAUGGUGAAAGUGGGAUAAAUCUCAUGUUUUGAAUGUUCUCCUCACUCUUUAGAUAGAUAUAGCUUAAAAAUCACCUCUUUGUAUGUAGAAGACUAGCAUGUUAGGGAGAAGGCUUGGCUAGAACCUGACUUGCUCACUUUCUAUGUGCAGCAAUUUCUUUUUGUGAGGGAAUCCUCAAGCUUGAUCCUCCUGCUGCAGUCUAAGGAGUCUUACUGUUCAUGUAGGCUGGAACUUAUAUUUUUGUUGUUGUGUGUUCCUCCUGAACUAUAUGGACCCAAGACAUCCUAACGCUCCAUCUCAUAUUGCUACCUUUUCCUCACUAGCAAGCGCAGUUUGCUUUGCAAAUCAUUCCUUGUGCCCUUUAUUUUUAUUCCCUUGCUUUUACCUCUUUAGAUUUCAGAACUGGUGUGCUUUGUUUUUCACGGCAAAUUCGCAAAGCGUUCUCACUGAAGCUAAUGUGCAUAAAUGAAAGGCUUGGGUCCGUUGGCCAAUUCCUUAAUUUUGCAGUUAGAGCUUUUAGUGCUUUGGGGGUAAGGGAUGCCAGGCACAUAAUGGUCAGAAUUAGAGUAUUCCAGCCUGUUGUUCCAAAGGAGGAAAGCCAAGUUAACCCAGAUUCUGUUCUAUGAGAAGGGUAAUAGGGUUGAAUUUUUCUCUCUCUCUCUUUUCCUCUUUUACAGGUGCAUGUGUUCAAAAUGCAAAUUAAACUUUGUGAACUAUGCGCACUGCUUUAGCAUAAUAGCAGAUAAUGCUGCUCUGCUUUAGUGUAAUUCCAGUUUCAUCAGAAAGCAAUUGCUGUAUUAGAAGGAUUCCUAGCCAAAUACUUUGCAUUGCCCAAAGUCAACCGUUCAGUUGAUUUUAUUGGGGUGACUAAUGCAAGAUAGGAAAGCAGGAUUUCAACUAGAGAGCAUAAAAAAGGAAGGCUCAUAUAUUUGACAUGGCAUCCUAGGCACCAACAGAACUUUAAAUAUCCGUUUAUUUAGUUUGUAUGGGGGAAUGUUUGAAGAGAUGGGUAUUUUUCAUAUUUCAAUACAAAUCUAAUUCAGACCUACCUGACUAAUGCAUGGAUUUGUACGUAGUUAUCCAUAGAUUUUGUGCAUUUGCCAAAUGCUCCAGCACUGUGCUUGGCUCAAAGACAAUAUAAAAUGCAUUUAGAAAUUCCUGUUCUGAGAGACAAUAUGCUGUAUUUAAAUGGGCUGUUUUUUCAUCCACCCCUAACAAUAAACAUUUUAAAUCAUUGUACAGUGCCUGGUUGUGUUAGGCACUUGAGAUUAGAAUGAUCAUUGUUGCUAUUGCUGUUUCUGCACGCACCUGAUCUCCCCAUUUUGUCUGCCCAAUUAGGAUGUACCCACGAAACUAGUGGCAAAGGCUGUUCCCCUGCCCAUGACUGUCCGUGGACAUUGGUUCCUGAGUCCAAGAACUGAGUACACCGUAGCCGUGCAGACUGCAUCAAAGCAAGUUGAUGGUGAUUACAUGGUUUCAGAAUGGAGUGAAAUCAUAGAAUUUUGUACAGGAGGUGAGCUCUUUGCUAUGAAGAUCCAGCUCAUGGGGUCAUGGGCUUAAGUAAUGUAUGUCCAUUUAUUUCACUGGAUUUGCUCUGAGGAUGACUUAGUUGCAUAUCACCCAUAGAAAAAAAGUAUCUCCAAGAUCUGUGACCUAACUCAUUUCUGUUUUCAACAGAUAACUGUUUUACAGACUUGCCAUUAAUUGAGUGGUUCUUUUUUUACAAUGCACACAUCCUUCCAGGCUUUUUUGCUUUUGGCAAUUCCCUUCUGUGUGAAGGCACCAACGUUAUCCUUUUGUGGGCCUACACCGAUUGCUGUAAUAUUAAUCAUAUAUUUCCUUCUCCUGCUGCUGUGAGCAGAAAUAAUGUCACAUUGUUAAUUCUGCUUUUCACUUGGAACUAAAACACUUUGAAAGCUCAGAGGUUAGUGUGCUUUGUGUUAAUUAGUGGGUUUGGGAGGGAGCUCUUAAUAGUAUGUUAGUCUGGAGCUAAUCCCUUUUGGGUGGGGUUCACCUUAUGAGCCCCGUUGCCAGAAGCCCUGUGCAAGGACUUCUACGUGAGCAAUUGUGCUUCUCCCCAUCUCCUUUCCUUUGCACCUCUGUGCACCCCGAAAUUGUCCCUGGGGGGUUGGGAGAAGCCCCAAGACAGCCCUCAGCAGGAGGAGAGGGGGGAAUCGUCCCAUCUGCCAAGCCGAAUGAAGCAUUUGCACCAAUGGAACAUUCGUAACAGUGUGAUGUUGAAGUCCACCCUGUGUUUUUAGGUAGAAAACAAAAGUAUGCUCAGACCCUGAAAUCAGCAUCUGACACGCUUCAUGUGCCUCCUCCACAAGAAUUCUGGAGGGUGGCAACCAGAGAACGGGCCUUCUCUGCGGUGGCUCCCUAUCUGUGGAAUGCUCUCCCCAGGGAGGUUUGCCUGGUGCCUUGAUUAUACACCUUUAGGCGCCAGGCGAAAACAUUCUUCAACCAAUCCUUUGGAUAAUUAACAUCCUAUGUGUUUGUCGGAGGAGGAAGCCGGAGUUAUUGGUUUGGUCUUGUUCUUGCUUUUAUUAUGCUGUGUGUGUGUGUGUGUAUCUUUUAUCUUGUGAACUGGCCUGAGAUCCACAGAUGAAGGAUGGAUGAAAAAUUGAAAAAACGUGAAAAAUGUGUGAGUGGCUGUCUGAACACAUUCUUUCUCCCAAAUAAAUUCUGGGCACUGCAGUUCAUUAAGGGCUUCUGGGAAUUGUAACUACAUUGCCCAGGUUCUUUGAGUGAAAGAAUCGUGUUUCGAAUGUUCUCUAAGGGUAGAAUGAGAGCUGGAGAACUUCCAACGUGAUCGUCGCUCCAGGGUCCCUCCUGACCUCUGUCUCACCCCAAAGCGUAGAGCAUCACCAUAUGGAUUUUAGAAAACAUUGUGUGUUGCUUCCCACUAGCAGACUGUUUUUUAUUCACAGAUUAUUCAAAGGUCCACUUAACACAGCUUUUGGAAAAGGCGGAAGUGAUUGCAGGGCGCAUGCUUAAAUUUUCUGUGUUUUAUCGGAACCAGCACAAGGAAUACUUUGACUACAUCAGGUAAGAGAACCAGGAUUUGUCAAAGGCAAAUAUCUCUGCGCGGAGCUGAGGACAAGGUUUUCUCCACUGUGUACGUAACAAGAAAGCUGCCUAUGUGUAAGCUUCUUUGUUGAUCAGCAUUGGCUACCAAUGCGUUUAAUAGAUUGUGAAGUUAGUAGCCAGGUACGUGUUUGUAUAAUCUGCGCCACCUCUGAGAGCUUCAGGAGGGCAACAGCUUUAUAAAACAGCAUGCAUAAAACAAGACUUUUAAAAACUCCAGAUACAGUCAUUUAUUCAUAAUUUGCCAUUGUUGGGAUUCAGUUAGAGUACAAAAGGAUGUAUGGGACUUGUAACAAACACUGUGCUGUGCACCUCUCUUUAAAAAUAUACAGUGGUGCCUCGCAAGACGAAAAGAAUCCGUUCUGGGAGUCUCUUCGUCUAGCGGUUUUUUCGUCUUGCGAAGCAAGCCCAUUGACGGGAUUAGCGGAUUAGCGCUAUUAGCGCUAUUAGCGGCUUUUAGCGGCUUUUAGCGGCUUUUAGCGGCUUUUAGCAGCUUAUCAGCUUAUCGGAUAAGCAGAUAAGCGGCUUAGCGACUUAGAAAAAGAGGGGGAAAAGGGAAAAAAAAAACCCAGGAACUCGCAAGACAUUUUCGUCUUGCGAAGCAAGCCCAUAGCAGAUUCGUUUUGCGAGGCACCUCCAAAACGGAAAACUCUUUCGUCUAGCGAGUUUUCCGUCUUGCGAGGCAUUCGUCUUGCGGGGCACCACUGUAUACAUAUACUUCUGCAAACCUUGGGACUUAUAAGAGAAUACAGAUACCCAUGUUGCUUCUCAGUGGGGCUGGAUUGGCCUGAGUUCCCCCGCAUUAGAGGGAGCAGUAAAAUUCUAUAGCUGCUCAACUGAGAAUCCCAUAUGCAGCUGGGCAGCUGUGUAUACAAUUUCCAGGGCUGGAAGUGCAGAUUGUCACCACUGUCAUUGGUCACCUAUUUGAGAAAGGAGACAGGAUUCAGCUUCUUUCAUUUCCUCAGAUAAUUAGCAAGUAGGUCAGUAAGCCAAACUUUGACUUGCCAUCAGUGAGCAAAACGUGUUGUUUCACCCUGCUAAACUCCUGCCCUGCUGUUGCUCCCUUUCCCAAGCCAGGCAGAAGCAAAACAAGUUGAAGUUGUGUUAUGUGCUAACCAGCACUCAUAGCUUGUUUAUCUCCAAAACAGACCAGCAACAUACUUUGGCUUCCUUUCACAGUGUGUUUGGAACUAGGGAAAAGGAGGAGUAGGGCACAAUUUUAGCAGGCUGCAUGAGCACAAUUGCUCACUCAUGGUAAACCAUAGCUUGCUAACUUACCAUGAUGUGUGAACCAGACUAAUUAUUCUGUUCUAAUGUACUUGAAUCAGUGUAGUAUAAACGUUCUGUAAUAUAUCCAGGCCUGUGGGGGGGAAAUGGUCUACAAUUAGCUUAACUGGCCACUGGAUGUCACUGUACUGCUGUUCAAGAAUGGUUACCUGGCCCUUUUCAAUUUCCAGGAUGAUGGAUUUUAUUUACUGAUGGUGGUUUUGAUGUUUAGCUCAUCUGCAACAGCUUAAUCUUAUUUUGAAUACACUUUCUUUUCAGUCUUGUUUUAGGAAAACAGAAAGGUGGCACUUUCAGGAAGAUAAACAUUUAACAUUUGCCUUGUGGCUGCACUUAAUAGUAGCAUAGAACUGGUGAAGUCAGUACAGUAACUCUCUGCCUUUGCAUGAAUAAUUCACCGAUGUGGCACAUUCUGUAUGCAUCUGUGUAGCAAGUCUUAGGAAUUGCACAAAAAAUCUGUGCUGCAGAAUCAGGGAGGUGGUUGUUGCUGCUACUGCUGCUGCCUGCAGCAAAAUGUUGCAGCAUGGAAUUUCCACAUUCAGUAUCUUUCUGGAUACUCUAUUCCAGUCCCAACAGACCCUUAGCAUUCUGUUGCCAUUAGACUGGGGCAAAUCUGUCAAUUCUGAGUUCUAAUUUUUCCAGACUUGAAAUCAGUUCUUCACACUUUGCCCAACAGAAGCAAUGCAUUGAUUGGCCCUAUCUGAAAGCAAGUCUCAGAGGUUUUGUACACCAAAAGCACAAUUGCUGGUGCCAUUUUAAAAAGCUAGAAUGUGAGAUCUGUGCCUACACACUUAUAUAGCUUGUUUUCCUGAAUGGGAAAGGGGUAUGCUUUUGUGGGUGGCAGAAGGUGUGUAAAUACAGUGGUUCACCUUGGGUGCUUGUUUCGAUCAAACAAAGGAAAGGUUCCUGGUCUGAAACCCUGGAGAGCAACUACUACCACGCUAGAUGGACCAGAGGUCUUGUUUAAAGCCACUUCCUUGACCCAAGGCAGCUUCUUUAAGUUCCUAAUGUCUCGCUCACUGAUGCCCCUGUAAAUAUAAACCAUUACCCUUCCUUCAUUUCUAGAGAGCAGCACGGGAGCGCUCUGCAGCCUUCGGUCAAGGAUAACAGCGGGAGCCACGGCUCUCCCAUCAGCGGGAAGCUGGAGGGCAUCUUCUUCAGCUGCAACACCGAAUUCAACACUGGGAAGCCCCCGCAGGAUUCACCCUACGGAAGAUACAGGUUUGAGAUAGCGGCGGAAAAACUUUUCAACCCAAAUACUAACUUGUACUUUGGGGACUUCUACUGCAUGUACACGGCCUACCACUAUGUUAUCCUCGUCCUCGCACCCGCCGGCUCACCGGGAGACGAGUUCUGUAAGCAGCGCCUCCCUCAGCUGAACUUGCAGGAUAACAAAUUCCUGAUCUGCACUGAAGAAGACGGGGCGAUGAUCUACCACCAUGCGCAGGAUGUAAUCUUGGAAGUGAUUUACACUGACCCUGUGGAUCUCUCCCUCGGCACCGUUGCGGAAAUCAGAGGCCACCAGCUCAUGAGCUUGUCGACGGCCAACGCUAAGAAAGAUCCCAGCUGCAAGACGUGUAACAUCAGUGUUGGACGUUAAUUCAGUGGUCCCCCCCCCCCAACUCUUCCUUAGGAGCCUUCUCUGUGGCCUAUUCCCCAUUGCCAUCCGUUCUCAUCAGACGCAUGCAUAAAGCCGCUCUUACCAAGAGCGAACACCAGUGAUCAAAUUCCUCAAUAGUCUUCUUCAAGCAGAGCUUAACAAUGCAGCUGGCACAGAGCAGCAGCUCCACCACCACCAUGGCACCCUGUGUCCAGAUUUCCCCCUCCCCACUGUAAUAUUUAGGGCAGGCACACUCACCCCAUGUUGUGUUGUCCUCAUGUUUCUGUAGCCUCCUGUCCACAUUCAAAAAUCGUUGGCUACCGGUGGUGGGCAGCACUUAACAUGAUGGCAAACUGCAAAGCAGGUAAGUGUGCCCAAACGUCGUCGGGGAAAAGGACCAUCCAACCUGGGCAUGAUGUCAUUGGCGGCAGCGCUGUACCCAGUGAAGCAUGUAGUUCUGCCCUUAGUAUAUUCCUUACCUUCUUGGUCCACCAGUGCUUUUCAACUGUUAGGAAUCUUGGGUUUUUUCUUUCUAGCAACCAUUUAUAUAUCUAGAUGCUGCAAUUGGUGUUCCAUUUUCUUAUUAUUUUUCUCUCCUCCUCCUCCUUCAUAUUGCCAAAUGUAACAAAGCUAUAUAAACAAGCUUUAGCGAAAUAAAAAAAAAACAACUACUGGCUUCUAAAUGGUGUUUUAAAUAUGUAUUCAUUUUAAUCUACUGAACAACUUAACUGAGAUAUCUCCAAACAGCAUGAAAGGGUGUAAUUGCAGCAUGAUUUAAUUCUUGCAGCCUAGAAAAAAAAAUGUCAGCACUUCCAAUGUGUUGUUUGACAGUGUUAUUUAUGUUAUUUAUAUUAGCUAACAAGCAGGGGAAAAACCCACCUGUGUUUCAACAUAAUAAAUAGAAAAAUAUUUUAUUUGUACUGUUGUAUAAAAUAUUAUACAAUCAUAUAGAAUAUAUAGAUACAUUUUAAUAGCAACUGUAUACAUAUGUCAUGAAACCAUUUUUCCCUUAUCAAAGAUGUAGUUUGUAAACUUCAAAUUCUUGUGUAUCUGUUCCUGUUGCUCUGACAUGACUUUUAAUUAAAACAGAUUUAUGAAGGAG